GUCAAGGAAUUUAAUGGGAGACAUUUUGUUAUGGAGACCUCCAUUACUGGAGACUUUGCAUUGGUAAAAGCUUGGAAAGCUGAUCGUGCGGGAAAUGUUGUGUUCAGGUGAGAAUUUAGCCUCCAGUCAUCAACGAACUUCUUGGAGAUAAACUGUGAUGGGAAGUGUGUAACACAGAGAAAGAUGAGAUUAUUCGUAUAUUUUAUGACUUUUUUUAUUUAAUUUUUUUUUGUUUAUGAUUUAUAUGCCACCUACAUAUUCUGCAGCUCUUUAAAAUUAUAGGACAUAUUAGAGGUGAAAAAGGCCCUGCUCAAAAGAGCUUACAAUUUAUGAAUACCCAAGACAAUAAAAAAACCUACCUCUAACAGUCCCAUGUUUGCAGACACCAUGCAGGUUUUCAUUUAUUAAGAAUUCUGAAUGGUGCUUGUUUGUUUAUGUGUAUGUAGAUGUCGUGCAGCUUGAAUUGCUCUGAUCACAUCCAUAGUUGUGCAUGUUUGAAGUAUGUGUUUAGACUACAGCAAGAUCAUAUUUGUACAAAAGGGAGUAUCCAAAAAAACUUUUUUUUUUUUUUUUUUUAAUGCAAAUUAGUAGGUACUUAAAGGUACGCAACACUUGAUUGUCACUGUGUCCCUGCCUUCCUUCACAUUCACCCAGAAAAUGCUCGCAAUAAUGAAUCAACGUAGUAUCAAUGACAAGGCAAGACUAUAAUAAAGGCAUAUUAGUACAUAAUAUACUAUUAAAGAAUGGGCCACUGAGCUAACUUCGCAGUUGAAGAAUGACUCCUCAAGAUAAUUCAAAGUGCGUACUUGGAGUCCCUGCAACAACUUGAAAACUACUGCUCUGUACCUUUCUCUCUCCUUCCACGUCUGCUCUUAUUGCUGAUAGGUGUAUUUCUUUGCAUAUUACCUUAAAUUAAACCAUUUCUGCUGAUAUUUAAUUUACACCCUCUGGCCACAGGGUAAAUAUAGCAUUUAUACAAUGUAUGUAUAUUUCUAUUACUUGUCAUUCAUGAUGAGAUUCCCCCCCACCUCCCCCUUUUUUUUCCCUCAAUUGUCUGUGAAAGUUCAGUUGCCUCAUAGAUGGUUUUGGUCACCAGGGCAACGCUGACUGGCGUAGCCUUGUGACAGAUGCCUGCAGCAUAUCUGGCUUCUGCCUGGCACUGCGCAUUCUAUACAUAUUGAUUUUCUUAAUUUCUGUGUUUGAGGAUCUGACUUGGUUGUCUGCUAGGAAACAAAACAAUGUAUUAAUGCAUUUAAAAGACUGGCAAAAAAAACCUUUUAAAAUACAAUAGAUUUACAAGACGAUUCUUAAAAGAAUGAGAUUAAUCUCGUAGAGCUCUUUUUAACCCUAUAAGGGGGCAUUCUAUACAUUAUAACGCUCUCCGCCCCCCAGCUAUAUUGCAAAUGCAGAAGUUGUACUUCCAACUAAGCAAAAUCAGCUGAGUGUGUCAGCUGACAAAUCAGCCCAAAAAUAUAUUACAAAUAAUAUAUUUUAUUUUCCUUUUUCACAAAAGUAAAGUUGAAACUGGUUAGUAAAAUAAAACACUGCAAUAUAGUGCUAAUGACACAGCAAAACUAGUCUGCCAGCUUGGAUUCAUAUGAUUCCAUUUAGGCUUCUAGACUUUGAACCUUGCCUGCCAUUCAGGGCCGGCGCUUCCGUUAGGCCAUGGGUCAAUGUGGGUGUUUGUCUGUCUGCAUGGGGUCAGUGUCUGUGUCACUGUUUGUGUUAGUUUGCGUGUGUCAGUGAAUUUAUCUGUGCAAGGGUCACUGAUUAUGAGUGUGUAUGUAUGUGUCAGUGAUUGCAUUUGUGCACAAAGCACAGUAUUAAUUAAAAAAAUACUUUUUAAAGGUUUAUUAGAGAAGUGUCUUAGUAGAGAAGUAAAACAAGAGAUUAAAAAUAAGAAAAGGGCAUUUAAAUCAUUUUAAUUGGACAAAUCAGAGGCAUCCUAUAUAAGAUAAAGGGAAGCCAAUAAUGUUUGCAAAAAGGCAAUUAAAGUGGCUGGCUAAACUAGAAAAUGAGAAAUUGAUAGCCAAAGAAUCCAAAACCAACCCCCAGAAACUUUAAAUAACUAUUUUUCUUCCGUAUAUAUUAAUGAGGAUCCUAUGGCAAGAGAUAUGCAAAUGAUUGCUGCAGUAUACUUGCAGAUAGCUGGUGCUUGGAUGACUCGAGACAAGGUGCUACAGCAGUUAAAGUUAUUCACCCACGAUUACUUAAGGAGCUAAGUGGGGAAAUAAGUGAACCUCGGAAUUCAAUUUUUCAAGAUUCUUUUGUUUCAGGUAUUGUACUGGAGGAUUGGAGGAAGGCAGAUGUCGUUCCUAUAUUUAAAAAGGGUUUAAAAUCCUUGCCUGGAAAUUAUAGACCUAUAAACUUAACUUCUGUGACUGAGAAAAUAUUUGAAGGGCUAUUAAGGGACAAUAUUCAGGAAUUCAAUGGUGAAGAACAUGGUUACUGGCGAUAAUCAGUCAUGUCAAACUAACCUAAUUGCAUUCUACCAAGAAGUAAGUAGAAGUAUAGAUCAGGGUCUUGCUGUGGAUGUGAUCUACUUGGAUUUUGGCAAGGCAUUUGAUACGGUUCCUCACAAUAGGUUAGUGUUCAAACUAAGAGGAAUUGGUUUAGAUGAAUAUUCUUGUUCUUGGGUAGAACAUUGGCUUAAGGAUGGAGUACAAUGAGUUGUCAUUAAUGGUCAAUUUUCAUGCUGGACAAAAGUGAUAAGUGGUGUCCCUCAGGGUUCUGUUUUGGGACGGCUUCUAUUUAACAUAUUUAUAAAUGAUCUUGAAAUAGGCAUUGCAAGCUAUGUUUUAGUGUUUGCAGAUGAAACAACUUUGUAGAAUAAUAAAAUGUGAGCAGGAUAUUGCUUUGCUGCAGAGGGAUUUAGAUAGGUUGGGGGACUGGGCACUAAAAUGGCAGAUGAAAUUUAAUGUAGAGAAAUGCAAAGUUAUGAAUUUCGGGGUCAAGAAUGCACAAACAACUUGCACCCUAAAUGGUAGUGAAUUAGGGGUAACCACACACGAGAAGGAUUUGGGAAUUGCUAUAGACAACAAAUUAGGCCGCAAUAUGCUAUGUCAACCUGCAGUUGCUAAGGCCAAUAAGGUUUUGUCAUGUAUAAAUAGGGGCAUAAAUUCUAGGGAUGAAAAUAUAAUUUUGCUUCUUUAAAAAUCGCUUGUCAGACCACACAUUGAAUAUGCUGUGCAAUUUUGGGCACCUGUUCUAAAGAAGGAUGUACUAGUUUUUAACACAAAUUGUUAUUGAGGUUACAAGGUGGUCAUUAGUUGUCAGCAUGCUCGGUGAAUGGAUCAGUGAUGCUUAUGAACAGUUGCCUUAUGCAUUUCUGUAAGUUAUGAGAGAGCCAGAGAACUCUGCAUAACCCUGUUAUCUGCAAAAUUCACAUUGUUUGAUUGUUAUUCAGUAAGGUGAGAAUUGCUGAGAAUUGAAAGUAAAUUCAAAGUCAAAAUAGCCAAGCUGGAUAAUUCUCGGUCAGAUAUUCUUCUUAUUUUGCUAUUUAGGCUUUUUCAAAUUUGACAUUAACUUUUAAAUGAGUGGACAUUUAAGCCACUGCCUGCUCUAAGUGAUGCCUAUAGACAGCUGCAUAUGGGCCAUUGAAAGCUGCAGAGUAGGAAGUUUCCCCAGACAUUUACAAGCUGUCUGUAAUAUAAAAACUGCAUAAUUUCAUUAUCACGAGUACCCAUGCUUGAGUCAAAAAAGGGGCAUAUAUUUUACUUGAUGAAGCGGCCUUUAAGAAAUUCUAUCUGCACAUUUUAGGUGUAAUAAGGAAAUGUAAUUUACAUUUCCCAUGGUUUCUGCAAAACCUGAAAAGAAGGCUUCCUUAACAAACUUCUAAAAUAAGUACUUUUAUAAAUUGGCAUUUUUAUAAAUUAACCUUAUCCAUCCCCAGACAGCCGGUCAUGUUUUUUCCUGGCUGCUUAGCUCAGAGAACCUGCUUUGAAAAAUCAUUGAGCUGCAUUGUGAAGUCAGUGAUUGGACAGCUACAGACAGUCUGGACAGGGCUGGAAGGGGAGGGUUUGCAAGAGAUCUGACGAUUUUUGCAAGCUGUCUUUGGAUAAAUGCAUAAUUAAAUGCAUGUUUUCAUUGGAAUAUAUCUGCUAAAUAGUGAUAUAUAUUCUAUUUUAUAUAAUUUCUUUAUUUGAGCAUUUCUUUUAUUUGAGCCUCUUUAAAUAUAUUGUUAAAAUGUCAAUGUGCAUUUUCCUCUGUUGACUUAACAAUCAAGGAAACAAGACAUCAUAGAAAAGGAACAUGCAUUAAAACACACGUGGAAAAACAAAUCCAUUUAUUAGUUUGACAUACAUGAAUAUGUUUCUACACUUUAUUUGAAAAGAACAUACAGAAAUAUGUUAAAUACGCUAUGUAGAGGAAUAUCAUUCUUUAAACAUGUCAUAAUUCCUUUUUUUUUUUUUUUUUUUUCAGAAAAACUGCAAGAAACUUCAACCAGCCGAUGUGUAAAGCCGCUAAAGUGACCCUUGUUGAGGUGUGUACAUUUCUUUGCAGCUUUAUCUGUAUAUCCGAUUUCCACAUGCAUUGAUGUAGCUAAACGUCUUCAUAUCCAUUUGAAAUCCCAACAGAAUGUACUACUCAUUACUGGCACCUCUCAAAUUACAGUGUAAUCUGCUGUGCAAUGUUUGCUGUAGCUCUAGGGAAACUGUGAUGAAUUUAAACCUUUUUUCCCCCAAUUGCAUUGCACAGCUCUUUUGUAGGCUUCUUCACUUAACUCAAAUUUGGCAAGAAUUGAGUCUAUUUCCAGCUAAAAUUUGCAAUUACCUAACUAAUAUAUGGUUUAUUAAUUAACCUCGUGCCAUGACAAUUACACAGGUUUUCAUUUGUGUAUCCACCCCCUCUAUCUCCCUUAUGUGUGUUAAAAUAUGUGUGCCAGGGUAUAACGUAAACUUUUUUUUUUUUUUUAUAAAUGUGUUUUAUUUUUUUAAAAAUGUUUUAAAAUUAUUUAAUGUCCACAGCCUUACAGUAACCUUCAUUAGACCUCAAAAGUGACCUGGAAAUGUUUUGACAUUUAUAUAUUAAUAAACUGUUCGCAAAGGGGCCCCUUUGUGACAAUAACAAGUAAAAUUUGAAUUUGCUAAAGAGGACUCUAGACUUUGUUAUUCUGGCAAUUAUAGGUGGAGAUUCCUAAACCGCUAGCAGAUAAUUAUGUGUGUGUAUUCCUAAUCCUGACUGGUUAUUUCGAUUCCUUCCUGAUUGGUCACGGUUUCUCGAUAACCGUUUUUUAAGGUAGAAUGAUUAUUAGUUUAAACUCACAAAUCUUGCUUUAAAUGCUAAUUUUAAAUGGACCCUAUAGUACCAGGAAUACAAAGCUGUAUUCCUGGCACUAAAGCUCAUGCAGUGCUGGGUCUCUGACUCCGCCUCCUGUGACAUCCAUCAAUGAGCGGACGCUAAUGCACAUGCGCCGUGAGAUCCAUGCGUGCAUUAGGCCUCCCCAUAGGAAAGCACUGAAUCAACACUUUCCUAUGGGGAAAUAGCUGAUGUUGGAUGUCCAGUGUUAACGGACCAAAAGUCCGUUAACACCCAGGAAGAGCUUCUAGUGGCUGUCUAGUAGAUGUCCACUGGAGGCAGACUAGUGCUGCAAUGUAUACAUUGCAGUUUCUCUUGAACUGCAAUGUUUUGCAUUUCAGCACUAAGUGCAGUACGGACAGUGCACCCAGACCACUUAAAUGAGCUGAAGUGGUUUGGGUGCCUAUAGUGUCCCUUUAAUUGUAUUUUCAAUGUUCAGGUGGAAAUUAAGAUCCUAAUCAUAAUAUUUUAAUGAUUGAGAUAUAAAUAUAGAUAUGCAUUCGUAUAUAUUUACGUGUGUAUCAUAAAUCCUUUUUUUAAAUUUUUUUAAUUUUUUUUUCUCUCUCCAAGAUGAGCUGCUUUGUUUCUGAAAGUUUCCUAGAAUUUUAUUGUUCAUAAAUGAUGGAAACAAAAUGAUAGCUAUUAAACACUGUGUCUGGCACCUGCUGACUGUAAUGAGCCACCAGCUGGGUCAUAAUACCUCUCUGAAGGUUAAUUAAUACAAAGUAGUUAAAAGCCAUCUCCUUGUAAAACGGUUUUAUUUAGAAUAUUUCCUGAAAGGGACAGUGACGUGAAACAAACCUAUACACGAGCAGUAAGCCUAAAAAUGUUUUAUCCCUGGAAUUGGUGACAAGCUCAAAAUAAAGCAAAUCAAAGGGAAAAGGCUCAAUUUCCCAUCAAUUAAUAACUCCUGCUGUCUUUGAAUUCACUGAUUCAUAAGUAAACUUCAUUGCUUUUUAAAAAUUUUUUUUUAUUUUUUGUGAUUAUAUCAUAUCUCCCCACUCUGCAGAUAUGCGUGUGGGCAAGCUUGGGAGUGUGUUCUUUUUAGAUUACUGUGAUUGGUUCUGGUUCCAUGCCAGCACCCAAACAUUCUGUGUAGUACAGAAACCUGUUCGAUUACAGAGUUCUGUUCUAUGAUGUAGAGGGGAGAAAGUUGGACAUUCUGGUGUGUUUUUUUUUUUUGUUUGUUUGUUUGUUUUUAAGUGUGUAUUUAUGUUUAACUUUAAGCCUUAUUCAGUACCACACUUUCCAUGAGCAUAUAUGGUAGAUUAUGCUAACGGAGUGUUACUAUAAUCUUACUUUUGGUAAUGAUAGGAGGCGAUUUAUUAGCAUCUCUCUCUUUACUGAAAACUUCCAGCAGCACAAAACAACCAAUCAGAAAAUAUUUCAACUUAACACAAAAGGCCCUGAACCACCCAGCUUUUCCUCUUUCUUUUAGCGAACCAAAAUUAAAGUUUCAAACAGAGUUCAAACCGCGAACAAUCCAACAGAAAUCCAGAAAUAAACUUGUAAUCCAGACUACGGUAGUGGGAACAUCCAAAGUGUCCGUAGAAUCGAGAAACAAGGUAUAAUGUGUUGAUUAAACUGAAAAGAAACAGAAAGAAGUGUAAGGCAACUGAAAUGAUGAUGUACAUAAUCCAACAACUGUCUAUCAAUUAAGUUCAAUAGAUGCAACGAAUGUAAUGGUUAACAAAAUUUAACAGUCAUCAUACAGAACGCUAGUCUAAUCUAAGCUUUUUAACCACAUAACUUAAAGGACCACUAUAGUGCCCUGAGGGUGCCCCCACCCUCAGGGACCCCCUCCCGCCCGGCUCUGGAAGGGGGAAAGGUGUUUAAACUUACCUUUUUCCAGCGCUGGGCGGAGAGCUCUCCUCCUCCUCUCCGCCUCCGUUACGCCCCGCCGGCUGAAUGCGCACGCGCGGCAAGAGCUGCGCGCGCAUUCAGCCGGUCUCAUAGGAAAGCAUUUACAAUGCUUUCCUAUGGACGCUGGCGUGCUUUCACUGUGAAAAUCACAGUGAGAAGCACGCAAGCGCCUCUAGUGGCUGUCAAUGAGACAGCCACUAGAGGAUUAGGGGGAAGGCUUAACCCAUUAAUAAACAUAGCAGUUUUUCUGAAACUGCUAUGUUUAUUAAAAAAUGGGUUAACCCUAGCUGGACCUGGCACCCAGACCACUUCAUUAAGCUGAAGUGGUCUGGGUGCCUAGAGUGGUCCUUUAACAUGACAUAUACAACUGCAGAGAGAGUGUGAAAAACCUAGUGAGGUUAGCGAGAAUCUAAAAUUAGAAAUGGAUAAGAGCAGAAUGGAAAUUACCCAGAGUGGGAAACAAAGAAAGGGCAGGAAAUAUUCACCUCCUGUCAUUACUUAAAUUAUAGGUACACUCCGUUAGCAUAAUCUACAAUUUUAUCACAUGACAGGAGGCUUUAUAUUUGCAGUUUUAACGCCCAGAAUUGAGGAAAGUAAAAGAAGCGUGAGAGGAUCGUCUAAAAUAAAACACACGGAACGUAGAUUCUCUUGACCAGACUGCGCAUCGCAUAAUGUCGAUCAGCGAUGCUCCCGCCAAAAACGCCUGAGAAGCCGCAGCCCCGUGAACCGAAUGUUCACCUAAGCUAGAAUCUAUACCGGCUAAAGACAGGGUCCAGCGAAUCCAUCUAGCCAGAGUUGUCAAAGAUACUGGUUGAUGGGGUCUAACAUAGGACACCAAGAGUUUACCCGAAGAAGCCCAUAACGUCUACUUACCGUAAAAGAGUACUAACUGCGCACAAGCGGGGAACCGUCUGGAAAAACUGGCUAAUUUUUAAUUUUUUUAUUUUUUUUCCCCCCAAGCAUUCCAAGCAGAGAUGUAACUCCUAGGGCCCAGGAGUCCUAUAGGAGAUCUUUAAAUGCCUGCGAUAAGCUGUGGACCGUCCAGGCUCCACGGAAAAUGUCCCAAGCCACCAGGUCUGGUUUCCCUUCUAAUACCAGCGGAUGUGGUUUACCCCCUGAGGACCUGUCAGGAGGAGGGGAAAUGCUAGCAAAAUAAGUGGAUGGUCCUAAACAAUUCAGUAGAUCCGUGAACCAUGCUUGGUCCCUUCAGAGGAGGGUGAGGAGAAGGAGGGAUCCUCCGUGGAGGCGUAAGUGAUGUAUCCCCCUAGUCAGCAUGGCGAAUGGAGGGAAGGUGUAGGCCCCCUCGUCUGGCUAAAUUCUAUAGGAAUGCAUCCACCGCCUCGCAUUCCGGGUCUGGGAGCAAACUGAAGUACCUCGGGAGUUGUCUGUUUGUCCUGGAGGCAAACAAGUCCACUUGCAGAAGGCCCCUGAGAUCCAUCCGGGUGUGAAAAAUUGAGUGAUCUAGCCGCAAGUCACUGGUGUCUCGUCAGUGGUGAGAGAACCAGUCCGCCGUGAGGUUGGUGAUCCCCGGGAGCUCCUCCGCCUGCAGCAUGAUGUUGCGUGAGAGGCAGCAUUUGUAAAUGUCCUUCGUUGCUUUCAUCAGAGAACAGGAUCUGGCUCCUUCCAGUCGAUUUGAUGUUUCGAACUGCCGAGAUAUUGUCCACCCAGAGCAGGAUGCAACAAUCUGAGAGGCCUUUGGCCAGACUACAUAUGGCAAAUGAUCCGGUGAUCACCUCCAGGCAAUUUAUAUGUAACCCAGUCUCUUCGUCCGAUCACGGACCUCCUGUGGAUACGUCCGCGCAAUGAGCUAACCAACCCCAGAGGCUGGCAUUCGACUCCACCACGAAAUCCAGUGAUGGCCCAAAUAUUGCUCCGCCAUUCCAGGUUUGCAUGUGUAGUAGCCACCUGCCCUGAGAGGGGUAUCCAGUGAUCGUAUGUAUAGCCCAAGCGUAGGUACUUUGCCUUCAACUGUUGUAUGGCACGGUAGUGCAGAGGUCCUGGAAAGAUCGGUUGGAUCGAGGAGGAGAGAAGUCCUACGAUCCGUGCAAUUAAUCUCAGGGGGGACCAUUUCCAUGCAAAGGAUCCGUCUAAUCUCCUUCCGGAUAAAUGCUAUCCUGGCUGCGGGUAGGAGAAGAACACAGCUCACAGAGUCUAUUUCAAAGCAGAAGAAUUGUACCAGAAAAAUUUGCUGUAGAAAAACUAUCCUUCUGGGGUGAGCUGGACUACACGUUUGGCGAAGUGAUUUGAUCUUUGUCUAUGAGGAGUCUGUUCUCCCUGGAAACCUGUGUAGGUGGUGUGGUGCUAGUGAAACUUGAUAACAUAUUCCUGGAUCGUUUUGUAGGAUCCAUUCGUCCGUAGUGAUCGUCAUCCAAUUCAAUGGCCUGCAGUAAUUGUGAUCACCAGAGUACAUAAUGUGUAACUCACCUGCAGGGAAGCAUCCCGACCUCUUCCUCUAGAUCCUCUGGCGUGGUCAGCGCUUCUGUGAAACGAUGACCUUGACGUGUACGAUUGAUAGAACGAGGAAGAUUGUGCAUAAGCUCUGGGGCCCGUGGACCAAAAUCAGCUGGUGGCUCGGCCCCCCUGCCGACCAGCCCUCCCAAAAACACUUCUGCCAGGUGGGGGAUGGGAUACUUGCUUUAGGGAGGAUUGAGCCUUGUUCAACAUUGUGGAAAGGUUAACGUGCUUCUUUAGCUGAGUUACAAACUGCUUUGCCAGGGGCCCCAGCUCUUUGGAACCCAGUUCCAGGAGUUUCAAAUCCAUUCUCAGAAUUGCCGACCUCUCGGGGCAAAGGGCAGCGUUGAUGUUGCACUGAGAGACGCAGGUAGGCUUCACCCUUGGGUUUGGGCAGGGGAGCGCGGGUAUCCCUCUCAGGAUAAUUGUCACCAGUACCGUUUCAAUCACGUACUUGGAGUCCAUUUGGGGCAUGUCUUGCCAAUCCUCUUCGUCGGAGGGAGAAUCCUUAACCCGCCAUUCAUUCACCAUCUCCAGAUUGUGAGGUGGGCAAGAGUCAUCGUCGGUUGAGUGGGCCUUUAUCCAUCCUGUAAAAGACAGCGACAGUCUGUGGGCGUACGGUAGUCAGUCGCACGCCAGAUUCCAAUCCGAGUAUAGUGCCAAAUAAGAGGGGCUCACCCUCCAGGUGUACGAAUGGGGGGGUUUCCCGAAGUGAAAUAAGAGACGUGGGAGUCUCCAAAUUUGUGAGGUGGACCCCCAAACAUGCCAAUUUAUUCUAUGGUGGAAUCAAAGUUGCCAGUGGUGACAUAUACAGCACAGGGGCCCACCCCAGUUGUACGUCAAGGCUGGGACUCUCAUGGUCAACAAAAUACAGGUGUCUAUAAACAGUAUGAUAAAUGGGAGGAGACCCCUCGUGACAGUGAUAGUGUCACAUCUGAUUUCUAGGGGCUCACCCCAUGUGGUGUGCCUUGUGCUACAGAGGGCACCCUCAAAUGGAAACUGGUAUAUAGGCAAACAGGCACAAUGUAAGGACAUAUAGCACAGAGUGCAGCCCUGCAAUUAGGUACACCACAGAGCAUGGUACAUAAACAGUUAAGCAGUUGCAGCUCACAGGUUGUGGUUCUAUGUGACAGUAAUCCAAUAUAGAAUGACACGUGUGUAUAAUAAGCACUCCUUUAAUGGCAUAAAUGUAGUAUAUUUCCUUUGCAAAUGGUACCUUCAUGGCAGUUAAGCGGGACUUGCAGGUUCCCUUUAAUAGGUAGUAUAUGACAUCUGCAGAUAGAAGCACUUGUCUGAGGGUAGUUGAAGGUCCAGAUCACGGUAAUACAACUCUGGAGGGAGGGAGAAAAUGGGCAAUGUUGUACUUGCGAGAUCCCAGAUUGCCACCGCGUGUAAUGCGUAGCGGGGUCUGUGGAUUUGUGGGCCCAGUGUCGAGACAGCAGAAGGGGACCAAUGUGUGUGGGCAGAGCCCCAAUACAGAGUUACAAACCCUCAGGUGCACCUAGGGGUUUUAACCCCAAUAUACAGAAAUCUUCCCGGCAGUGCCCUGCUGCAAAAUGCAUAUAUGUCCAAUCUGCAGUGCAGCAUAGCCCUAUAAUGUAUACAUGUGACAAUCUAUCUAUGGAUGGCCACAGAUAAACACUGAGGGGAGUAACUUAUGAUGUCCAGGAGACACAACCCAGGAUGUAGGGUGAGAGGGCCCUCUCAGGCUGUCUCCAGGCCCAGACUAUGGUCUGGGAGUAGGUCCCUGACUCAGUGUCCCAGGGCCAGGAGGGGAAAACUCCCAGCAAUCAGACCUCCCAAGGAGGGUAAUCACAACCAGGGGAGGGGCCGCGAGUAAUCCAUAGAAGGAGCCGGCCGCAGCACAGCGGCCACGUGGAAGAGAGGAUCCGGCCACCAAGUAGUCAUGCUGGAUCGCGAGUACCCCAGAGACCAGGAGAAAUCAUGCGGGAGCUCAGGUGGAUCGGAGGAGGCAGCCCGACAGUCAGCCUCCUGAAACCCCUGAGCACACACAGCCCGAUUAUAAGGAAAAAGGGGGUGAUAAGAUAUAAAGAUCGGAGGUAAGAUAGAUGGGGGGGGGGGGGUAGAAUCCCAAGAUACAGGCAAGCAAAAGAAGGCCCACAAAGACCCCCCCCAUGAAUCAAAAUAAAAUAUACAAAAUAAAGUAAACUAGGGAAAAGCAAAAUACAGAAAAAAAACUAUACAUCUCCAAAUAAACUAAAUAUAAUGUAAAUAAGCAAUAUGAGAUCCCACAGCCACCCACUAUGAGCAGGAGGCAGUGGUACUCUGACUUAUACUGAUGUGGAGCAGCAAAGGAAGAGGAAGUAGUUUGUGGGGACGGGAAUUUUAUGGUCUCCUUUCUUUUUUCUGAUUGGUUGUUUACUCUCUGUGUUAAUGUGCUGUUGUGGAGUUCUAAUUAAGAGAGACUUAAGCAAAUAUUUGCCUCCUGUCCUGUAAUAAAAUUUAAAUUAUUUUUAUUGCAAUGGCAUGAAAUUUUUAAAAAAUGUUCAAUGAUUUUCUAACAAAUCUAUAAAGAACUUUUGACCAAUCUACAGUUUCUUUAAUAACUGUUCUAUUACUUUGUCUGUUAAAUUUUAUACUAUCUAGAUUUUGUUUUUCCUGUUGAAUAGUAAAAGAACAGGCUGUUGUAAACAUUUUACACUUUGCAUAGUAACAACCACAAUGAAGUUUAAAGGGAUCCUAUAGUGCCAGGAAAACAAAGCAGUUUUCCUGGCACUAUAGGGUUAAUAGAUCCCACCUCCCUCGCGCCCCCACCUCCCACGGGCCUGAAGGGGUUAAAACCCUCUUCAGCCAUUUACCUAAAUCCAGCGCCGAUGUUCCUCGGUGCUGGGUCAGACUCCGCCCACGUUUCUCCAGUGACUGUCAGCCGGCGGGGGAGACCUAAUGCGCAUGUGCAUUAGACCUCCCCAAAGGAAAUUAUUAUUCAAUGUUUUCCUAUGGAGAAAAUCUGACGCUGGAGCUCUGAGAGGAUGUCCAUUGUCAGAAAACGGACCAAAAGUCUGUUUGGAUUCUGAAAGCCCUCUAGUGGCUGUCUGGUUUUACAUUGCAGCACUUGGUGCAAAAUGGUCACAGCACCCAGACUACUACAGUGUCCCUGUAAGGAUUUUCACUGGUGCCUCUAAAAGUUAAUUACUUAACCUUAAUUUCCAAGAGUUUGCCAUUUUCUCCCAGGCAGUCAUUUAUAAUAACAUCUUGGUUUAUGCAGGACUACACAGAAGUUACGAUAAUGAGUACCUACUUAAAGUAACGUUUUUCUUGUGCAUCUGUAUUGAGUAUUUUCCAGACUAGCGUUUCCCAAUUGGUGUUCCGCGAGAACACAAAUGGGGUUCCGCCGUAAUUUCGCCUAACAAAAUGGAUGCCGCGAUUUAAUCACUUAAUGGCCUGGUCAGGUGCUGUGCUACUUUUAUGUACACGAUUGGGCCCAUGUAGUAUCGACCGGAGAUCAGAGUUGCUGCCGCACAGAAGGGGCAGAGACUGGAGACGGCAGCCCAGACAUGACAGAGAAGAGGCUGGAGUGAGCAUGCAGCAUCUCACUCCCAUCAGCCUCAACUUACCUUGUGGUCCUGGUGAUGUUGGCUAACAGGAGGGUGGCUGUGGUGUAUGUCAGAUUGUGUAUGUGUCACUGUGUGUUUCAGUGUGUUUUCAUGUGCCAAGGUGUGUGUGUGUGUAUCUGAGUAUAUGUGUAUUUGUGUGUCAAGAUAUGUGUCACUAUGUGCAUCUGAGUGUGUGUGUGUGUAUGUGCCAGUAUCGGAGUGUGUGUAUCUGUAUGUCGGACCGACUCUCGACUCCCGAAAACGCCGGCUGGGUAGUGGGACUGACCAUCUCCACUGCCAGUGCUGAUGGCUGCUGCUGGGGAGAGAGACCGGUUGUCUCUAAUCCCUUUAAAUCCUGUUGCCGCUGGGGAGUCGGACCGACUGUCUCGACUCCCGGUAACGCUGCGUAGUGCUGGGUAGUGGGACCGACCAUCUCACUCUCAGUGAUGCAUGCUGCUGCUGGGACGAGGGACCUACAAUCUCCUCUCCCAGUAACGGUGGCUGCUUUAGCAAUAUAGAUGAAUGUGGCCUCCAUUCGUUUACAGACAUGGGAUACGGCCCCUUAAUGCGAAAAAAGGUUGCUAACCCCUGGUCAACAGGGCAAACAUUUUAUUUCAUAAUGGGGGAUUUGCCUUGCUGAAUAUUAAUUGUAGGGAACUGAAACCUUCGUAACUAAAAGUACCACUUCUCAAAUUGUGUUAAUUUUGUCCACUAAUUUUUGUAAUGAGCUGGGCACCCUGUUAGUAUAUGGUCUUAUUCGCCAACACAGCUAGAUUUUGGCUUCAUUUACUACAAACUUCUGUCUUCAUCUGGGACUCCAGAUCUUCCCUAUUUUUUUUUUCCAGUAAAAUGUUUUAGUCAACAUUCAGACUUUUUAAUAAUAAUCCACUAUAUAUAUAGAACCCAUUAAUCACUGUACACACACAGCUUUGUGCAGUGCCUGGGUAAAAAACAAAAUAUCACCUUAUGCCUUAAGUUAAUGAAUCAAGUCGCUUGACAAUUCAUUAGCACACGCUGCAGCCACCUUGGCAACUUUGUCUGCAUCCCACAUAUUUACUUUAUACUGAGUUUGUGUGGGUUUGUAGGUGUGUGUGUGUCAUAUCAUGAAGGUUAUGGAUCAAUAAAAAAAAAAUGGAGAGGUGAUUUAUAGAGAUAUAUUGGAAUGAAAGAUCAUAGAUCAGAUCUAAUUGAAUAAGGUCAACAUUGAGUUGUUACCAUUCUCACACAUAAAAUUUCAGCCUUCAAAAAUAGCUCUGUUUGGAGCCAGCAACUGAUCUGCACAUCUACUGCAUUUGUAAAGUAGCAGCGCAGUUUCAGCCCUGUGUACAAAAUAAGAGAUUUGGAUUUGGGGGAAAGAUGCUCAGUUGUAAACAUUUGCUAUUUAUUGGUGUAAUUGUAAUAAUUGGUGUAAUGUUAUUUUGUAACUGUGUUUGUGUUUUGUUUUUUUUUUAAUCAAGUUUUUCAUUUUUAUUUUGAAGAAACAGUAUAAAAUAAGAACAGUAUGGGGCAUAAAAGUCCCAAAUAACAAAACUAUUUAGAGGACACGAAAAUACAGUGUACAGUGACGUUAUAAUUUUUAUUUUAUUUUUUUUAUUUUUAUUAAGCAGUAUAUAAAUAAUUUUUAACUGAUGUGGUAUUCAUCACAUCCUUGGACUCUCCCAUUGCUAUAACAAAGAUUACCAGUAGAAAGGUAUCACCAUAGAGUUAUUCACUGGCAAUGUAACAUCUGCCAAUUAUAUCGUUACCAAAAACCGCUAACACAAUGCUGGCUAAUUACUAAAACAAUUUUUAAAUGAAAAUCAAGUCCCCCACAUCAACUUGGACACAUCACAGAUAUCGAAAUAUGCCUUAACUAUAAAUCUCCUGUCUUCUCUAAAUCUUAGUCUCUAGCAUUCCAAAGUCAGAAAUAUGAAAAUGUAUUAUACUAAAUCCAAGGUAGGGCAAACUAUUUACACCGAUGCAUAAAACCCUUUCUGAUAUACAACUAUAGGAUUUUCCCACCAACUAAACCAUUAUAAACUCUAAGAUUGCCACUCUAUUCUGCCAUUUUAAUGGGGAUAUUCCUUCUGAAUCCACACAUCAACAAGAGUGUGGGUACAUUGCCCCAAUGAGGUAGAGUAUUAGUAGCACACCUAGAUAUUCCAUUGUUAAGUAUACCUAAUCAAAAAAGAUUUUCUAACUUUGUGUGUUGCGUAACCAGAAUUUUAGGGCUUUUUUUUUUUUUAAUUUUUUUUUUUUAUAUUUUUUUUUUUUGCUGUGCAUGAGGAUACUGAGGCAACCUGUAAAGCCACAACAGCAGUACAGGAAGAGAGACUGACAUAGAAAUACACAUAGAUUGAAGGGAUAUACAUAUAGUAGUGUUACGUUAUGUGGCAUUUGCGGACUUUGCACGAUUUUAGAAUGUAUAGUAAAAGUCAUGCUAAAUUAACAUGUCUAAGUGCAAGGGCAACUCAACAUAUAUAUUCGAAAGUGUAAUAUUAGACAUGGUAAAUGUAAGGCAAGAAUAGUUAGAUUAAGCUAAAACAGAAAUUUCUCAGAUUAAGCCUCCUAGGAGCUCCCCAGGUUAGUGGGAAUAGAAGAGAUGCAAAAUAGAAGCUUAUAACUCUGUUAAAAGGGAACGGGUGAGAGGCUGUAUGCCCUUCAGUUCCCAGUUUGUGUGUUUAGUUCAUCCUAUGCACUCCGUAGGCAGAGCACAUACCCGUAAUAGGGUGGUAUGUCGCAGGCCCCUGAACCCAGAUGCUUGCAAGCUAGUCCAUGCAAAGGACAGGAUUAGGAUUCUUUUGUAGCUAGUCAGGCUUUCCACAAGAAUCCGCUUUGAGCCACUUACAUUGUAUCUCCCACACUUGUGGAGUCCCAACAUUGGUUCGGGAUGGUCUCCUCUUGCGUGCUGCCUAUGUUAGGGCGUUGGGUGUUUCCUGCCCUUCCACUAUUUUUGGGCCUUCACUUUUGCCCGAGCCAUGGGUUUCCACUGCUUAGGAGGGAUCAUCUGUGGAGGCGAGUGGUCACUCGGUUGGUUUGAGGCAGCUUGACCCCUAUUAUGUUCUAGUUUCUACCUGAAAGCGUCGAAAAUUCUGUCCAGCCUAGACACUAUCAUCCUUUUUCUUGUCGAUGCCGGGGAGCCAUGUGGCGUCUGCCAUGUUAGAUGGCUCUUCAGUUUUCUUCAGUAUCUGUGGCUUCACCCUUCAUUCUCCCUUUUUUUUGGCCUGUGUGACUUUAUUAUAUUCAGAUUAAGUGCUUUUGUUACUAAACUCUCUAAACCUGUUAUAACUAACUUCAAAUAAGCGUUACGGGGACAUAAUUGUAUAUUGUUUGUGUGUACUAACAUGUUUAAAUAAAACAGUGAGAGGUAUUCAUUAAAAUGUUAAAGAUAUUAUACAAAAAAAACCUUGCCAAAAAUUUAUUGGCUCAUUCAGUAUAAGAUAAAUUUUUGUGUAUACUCUUGUGAGCCAUUGGACCUGAAAUGUUGUUUUCUAUCAUGCUCCACCUGGAAUGGGGGGGACGGGGGGAAGCAGGGCAGUGGGUAUUCAAGUUACAAUACACAGGGGAAGGUGGGCGCCACUGAAAAGGUUUAGUGCAUGAGUCCACACUGGUAAGCAAGCCUUCUCAGGGUUAUCCUUGGGCAAAUAACAGUUGAAGUUUUCUGGUCAUGAAAGCCACAAGUCUGUUUCAUGCAGUUUAAGCUGAUCUAAUGAUGUGCCAAAGCUGCUUUUGUGGGAAUUUUUAAAAGCCAGGCAUGGGACCAACCUUGAGCCUGCCUUGCUAUAUUCCAGGGCUGUUGGGGUCCUUGGGGGUAUAUUUAAACAGGAUGAGUGCACUUAAAUAGUAAAUUGAAAGUUUGGAGGGUAUCAAUCAACAUUAAACAAGUUCUACAAAUUUUCAAAUAAAAAGAAUCGCAAAUACUUCACGGCUCAGUUCCCAAGACAAUAUCUAAUGUAAGAUUCAGGUUAGAUAUAAGAACCAAGCUGAUUUUACAGCCUUGGCCGACCUUGAGGAAUUGCCUCUUCGCAAAGAACUGUUUGUGGAUAAUAGACAGAACAGUUAAUAAAUCAAAGAAUGUUAGGAUUUAUAUCUUCUAUCAUUUCAAUGCAUCUUUAGCUGAAAGAGGCUAACAAUUUAUUGCCCAAUUCUUGUUACAAUCCAUAUCUUUUAAUCCUCCAGGGUACUGUCAAGAGAACUCCUGUCUGUAUACUUCAUUUGUUUUGUGUAUUUAUGUAGGUGUUUUUUAUUUAUUUUUAUUGGUGAAAAGUGCGAUUAGUUCAUCUGAGAAAUUUAAAAAAAUGCUAUUAAAAUGAAAUAUAAAGUCAUGUUAAACUUUUUGCCAUGUUGGUAAAAAAAAAAUAAAAAAAAUAAUAAAAAUACAAUUUGCUAGUUUGAAUAACAAGGGGCUGAUUUGUAUGUGUAUUUAAUACAUUUUUACGACUUUGUAACUUAAAAACGUGGCUCGAAGGUUAACUAAACUCCUGACUAGUGGUGUCAUAGUGACAAAGUUUCACUUACUGUUUGUCUAAAUAGUAAUACAAAGUACCGGUAAUACAUGCUUACUCCAUGCAAUGAGAGAGAGGAUGUGAGUGUUGGUAUGCAGGAGGUUUCAGCUGCAUUGAAUCUGCCCUGUCUCUGACGUCACUGAAUCACUCUGUCCACUCAGUAUGUAUGUUGGUUUCGUUCACAAGGUUUGACAUUGUAGUUUAUGCUAGUGUGCAUUCAACGUUUGACUAGAGGGUGGAAAUAGUGUUUGUGACAUGAGCGUAUACAUGUGUAAUGGAUGAAAGUCAAUGAACUACUACUUUGAAUUAGUCAAAUGCAGAUUCAUUUGUCUAAAGAAAUCUGUUUUUUGCUAUACCUCUUAUGUUGUACUUUUUACUUUUUAUUUAAAAAAAAAAAAAAAAUUUAAAUAGGAAAUUCGGUAGAAGUAUUGGGCGCCCAUGCGCCAAGGCUUGCCUCGAACCCACUCAGUAAAAAGAACACUGCGUUGCUGCUAGAGUCUCCCAAUAUGUAGAAAUUCAAAUUUCAUGUCUUUGUCAUAUGUUCUUGUGGUGAUUGUUAUGUAGGUUUGUGUGUGUUCAUGCAUGUCCUCUAGUACUGGAUCCUUCUAUGUGUAAUUACUCAGAAAUUUUUUUUAGAAAGGCCCUGGGAAUAGCAUUAUCCACUUUCAUAUUUGUUUUGGAAAUCAUGUCUUGACCAAUAUAUGCAACAUGGUUCUGCUGAAGUAAUCCUUAAUUGCUGCACCAUGUCCAUAUUUGGACAGCAUUGAUAGGCUGAGCAUGUCAGAUGACAUGAUUAAGAAUCUGUGGAGAACUCCCACCCUUCUGAAAAAAAUCACUUGAAAAGGCAUGUAGUGGUUAUGGUGCUUAAUCUACCCAUUUUCCUUCUGUUUAUCUGAAAAAUUCUAAGUUUUUUUUAAGCUUGCUUGCUGCUUUGGAUUUUCAUUGAAGUAGAGACUAAUUUGUCUUAUGGACAGGCCUGCGGUUGAUAAAAGGCAGAGCUCCACUAUCCACAAGUAACGACUGUGGGAUUCAGGAAUUGUGUUGCUCAUGUCAUCCCCCAUUGAUUGUAAUCUUGUGCUCUUGCGCAUGCGUGUAAGUAUAGCACUGAUUUUUGCCUCCUGGCCAAUUAAGUGCCAUGAGCUGAACAAGUUCUGGAGGAAGAAAAUGACUUCAGAUAAAUAUACCAACCUUCCACUUGAUCCAAACUGCAUAUUGUUCAACGGUACCAUCUGCAAAGACUCCAGAAAGUGACAGAUUCACUUUAAGUAAUGAUAUAUUUUAUUUAUUUAAUUUCCUCUCUUUUGGCAGGUUGAGGAAAUUGUUGAAACUGGAACAUUUGCACCUGAAGAUGUCCACAUUCCAAGCAUUUAUGUGGAUCGAAUUCUCAAAGGAGAAAACUAUCAGAAAAAAAUAGAGGUAUGAAUUUUUUGUUCUAUAGCAGAUACUUAUUCAAUUCUAUUAUUUUAUGUUUAAAUAUGGUCACUCCAUAGUUGCAGGUAUGCGUGGAAUCACAACAAGUGUAGUUACCAGAGGUUUAGUAAUCGUUUAUAAGCAUUUCACAAGUGCAUGAAUGCAUAUUGUACUUGAGAAUCUCAGGAGAAUCUGCAGGGAAAGAAUGAUUAGAGGCAAGCACAUCUCUGGCAAUUGAAUAGCAAUUUCCUGUAUGUGUUAGUGGUAAAAUACCUAUUUGCUAUGUAAAUUUAAAGGUACAUUCCAAGAACAUAGGAUUAAAGGAACACUCAAAUUAUCUUAUAGAGUCCAAUGCCCUGUACACAAGUGAGCGGGUAAACCAAGUUUUUAUUUGACAAAACUUAGCAGAAAACAUUGCAUGUUUCCUCUCUGAAGCUUGAUUGGCUGACUAAUUGCUUGGUUUUUAAAUCUGUUUGAGGGGUCCUCACUGCAUGUUGCACAACUGUAGUUGUGCAUUUUUGUAUUUUGUUGUAUUGGGCAGAAAACUACACUUUAUUGAAUGUAUCAUGUUACAAGCCUUUGACAGCUUGAGUUGAACAAAACUGUAACGAUGUUACAAAUGUGUCAAAUGUAAUAGGAUCUGCUGAAUAUUUUUUAUAUAUUGUAGAAUUGUGUGUGUAUAUAUAAAAUUUUGUUUUCUUUUCUUGAUAGAGGCUAACCCUACAGAAGUCAGAAAAUUCCACACCCAAACCUAAAAAAGCUUCCGACCUUGUAAGAGAGAAGAUAAUUAGGAGAGCAGCUUUGGAGUUUGAGGAUGGGAUGUAUGGUAUCCUUUAAUUACUAGAAUUAGUGAAUCAGUGUACAGAAAUAGUCCUGUCUCUGGAGAAUGUAGAACUAUGAUCAUUGUGGGCACUGAGAGACCAGGGUUGGAGUGAAUGGCAAGAUACAUACACAUGGUCAGGAAUGGGGAUAAAACCGGUCUUCCAAUCAACCUAUUUAAUAGUGGACUGCUAACUUCAACCCCCCAUAAAAUACUGCAUAUAUAUUUAGCACAUGUUGCUCAAGGGACUAGAUGAUUAGGUGCCCUUUGUGAUCUUGGCCAUUCAUUUGAUUGAUUCAUUUGAUAUUUGACUAUGAAUGAGUACCAAGAGACACGUGUGAUGUGUGCCGGAGUCAAAGACUCUAUUUUUGCCUUUACCUAAAAAAACGGUUAUGUGUUUGUUAUUUAGCGUUGGGGCAGUUAGCGCUUAAAUUAUUGGAUCCUGAAUUUUUAUUUUUUAUUUUUUUUAUUCUGGGAUGUUUAGGUUACAUCAAUAUAUUGAUUUGGGGAAAACCAUAACCUUCUUGAGACCUUCAUAUGUCUUUAACUAAAAACUGAUCCAGAUGAUUCAUUCAAUUUAUAUCACUUUAUUUAACAGCGAUUUUUCUAAACCAUGGAAAUUGCAUUAGUAAAGCAGAAUGACAUAAAGUUUCACUUCACAAAAUUUUGUUUUACUUUCAAGCAUUUUAGUUUCCAUUGCUAUUGGUAUUUUGGGGAAAGAGUGCCAUUAUUUUUUUUUUUUUUAAGCAUCACCAUUUAAAAACAUUGUUUUAUUUAUUUAAAGGGCACCUGCCAUGUCUAAUAUGAAAGUCUCUCUAAACCACAUUUAAUUUCAUCUAUAGGAAAGUAUGCUUGAGUGCCUUGUUUAUAGUGUUUUGUUAUUGUUCUUUUUCCAAACUGCUUUUGCAUAGUUUGGCAAAAAAUUGCCCUCUCUCUUGGCUCGUUAAAUCAAUCCACUAGGCUCCAGUAAUGCCCAGCAGUUGCAUCAUGUUGUUGCUGUCGAAGGUUAGAUGGACUUUAGGUACCAUGACUGCCCCGAUUUUUUUUUUUUUGGGCAAACUGUUCAGGUUGUGUGACUAAAACUUGAGAUAAUCUCUCUGCACAAUAACCACUAAACUUGAAACAUUCUUUUAAGUUUGUCUUUAGCUCUCUGGUUUUACUUUGGUGUAAAAAAAAAAAAAAAAAAAGUUGAAAUUCUAAGUCAUUCCACCUUAGCAUAUUAGAACUUAAAUGUGUUGACUUUAACAAACCAAUAUUACAGCCAACCUAGGCAUCGGCAUUCCAAUGUUGGCAAGCAACUUCAUCAAGAAAGACAUCACAGUCCACCUUCAGAGCGAAAAUGGAGUGCUUGGUCUGGUAAGGCUGUUUUUCUAUUAUAUUUUAACUAUUUAUAACAUUAGUGUUGAUCAGUAUUAAAUGUACUUAAGGUGAUAUUUACAUUUUUUUUUUUUUUGUUCUUCCAAUUGUUUCUAAUUUUAAGAUUAAUAUUUUGACAUAGCACUCUCCAUUUAGAUACAACUAUGCUCAAUUAUAAAAUGUUUGCUAAUUUUAUACUUGGGUCAUCUGUAGAGGUUCUCAACCCUGUUAUUGUGCACCCCAGAUACUUUACAGUUUAGUCAUUUUGCAGUUCUCAAGAGGAUAUUGAUAAAACCGGCAAGGCAGGGUUGUUUGGUGACUUGUUUGUGAAUCAGUCUUUUAAAUGGUAAGAAGUAGAGAUUUUCCUCAGAUGGUGGCAUCUUCUGUGUUUUUUUUUUUUUUUUCUCCAGCUCCUGUGAACGUAUAUGAAAAUCAGAGGGGCAGAAAGAGUAAACAGACGUAUAGCAGGGGGAAGGGGUUGUCUACUGUUUUGAUUAUACAGAUUAAUACAUGCCAUGCAUUGGCUUAGAUUUAACAUAAAUAAACUUUUGUUUAUGGAUGUCUUGACAUAAUACUGAAUUACCAAUUUAGAGUAAUUAAAUGGACUAGAGAAACAUAUUUGUAGAGAAAGUUUACACAUAGUAUGAUGUACAAAAGUGAUUUCAGUGACAGAUGUUUCAGAUUUUUAUCAAUUCCAUACUGUACUACUUACUCAUAAUUUAGUACAUUUUUAGCAAUUUGUUUCUUUCAUUUUUUUUAUUACUCAGGGUCCAUAUCCUUUGGAAAACGAGGUUGACCCAGAUCUGAUUAAUGCAGGCAAGUGAACAGUUGUGUUCUGAACUCAAUUUUGUAUAGCAAUAUUUAAAAUGUAUGUGUUUGGGUGUAACAAUAAUAUAUUGUGUAUAAUGAAUUAAUAUUAUAUUGUAUUGAAAGACAAGUAGAUGGCCAGGUGCUUAUUGACAGAAUGAUGCAGAAGAUAAUUUUUUUUUUUUUUUAUACACUAUAGUCACCAGAAAAAUUCCAGCUUAAUGUAGUUGUUCUGAUGAGUAUAGUCAGUUCCUGCAGGCAUUCAGAGAAAAGGCAGUGUUUACAUUACAGCCUAAUGAUAACUCCAAUGGCUACUUCUCAGAUGGCUACUAGAUGUGCUUCCUGGGGGAUUGUUGCACAGUGUGCAGCAGUGCUUUUCAGUGUCAACACCCUCUGCAUGGAGACACAUAAUUUUCCUCAUAGAGAUGCAUUAAUAAUCUGUCUGGUUAAUAAUCACGGAGAUGCUGAUUGGCUAGGAUGGCAUUUGGCUUAGUCACCUGCCCCAUCUCCUUAACAAUCUUGGCAAUCCAAUGCAUUUUUAUGGGAAAGCAUUGUGAAAUGCUGAGAUCACCACAAUUGAUGUCAGCCAGGGCAACAAAUCAGGGACAGAGCCAGCCGACUGGAAUAAAGGGAAGAUUUUACUAUAUUUAGGGGGCUAACAGGCAAGAUAGUGUUGUUUUUAAAAAAAAAAAAAAAAAAAAAGAUUUUUUAACACUAUAGGGUUAGGAAUACAUGUUUUUGUUACUGACCCUAUAGUGUUCCUCUGAAGGAACACUAUAGUCACCUAAACAACGUUAGCUUAAUGAGGAAUUUUUUGUGUGUAGAUCAUGCAGUUUUUACUGCUCAAUUCACUGCCAUUCAGGAGUUAAAUCACUUUGUUUCUAUUUAUGUCAUUUUUGUCACACCUCCCCUGGCUAUGAUUGACAGAGCCUGCAUGAAAAAAAAACUGGUUUCACUUUCAAUCAGAUGUAAUUUACCUUAAAUAAUUGUACCUCUUUCUCUGUAGAUUGAACUUUACUCACAUACAGCAGGGUCUAGCAGCUAUUAACAUAGCCGGGGAUAAGAAAAAUAAACAGAACUUGCAAUAAAGGAAGGAUAAACUGUAGAUGACUCUUUACAGGAAGUGUUUAGGAAGGCUGUGCAAGUCACAUGCAGAAAGGUGUGACUAGGGUUCAUAAACAAAGGGAUUUAACUCCUAAAUUUCAGAGAAUUGAGCAGUGAGGUUGCAGGGGCAUGAUCUAUAAACCAAAACUGCUUCAUUAAGCUAAAGUUGUUUUGGUGAAUAUAGUGUCCCUUUAAAUAUAUUUAUGGGGCGUAAUGGCAAAGAAGCUGUUUAGCACAUAAUGUGCAUACAUAUAGAUAUGUAAUUCAAUUAAUUGAUAUGAUCUUUAUCAUCCGUGUGUGUAUUGUGUGUAACAUACUGUAUAUGCAUUCUCUAUUGCUGUUACAAUUGUCUCAAAUGUAUAUUUUAUAAUCCAUGUUUAAAAAGGUAUCUUUGGCAUUUAAGUACAACUGGGCAAAGUGCAAAAUUGUAUUUCAUAUAUUGCACAAUUAUUGCAAUCUGGAGGCGGGGGGUGUGUUUUUUUUAAUUUAUUUUUUUUAUUUUAUUUGUUACACUUUGUUCUCUAUGUGAAAGAGCUGGCAAUGUCCCAAACUUUCGUUACAUCGUCUUAGCUUGUUUACAAUGAUUAUGCCACAUUCUAGUUUAUUAUGUCUCUAUAUCUUCUGUGUGUGUGUGUAUUUGUGUAUAUUUAUAAUAUUAUACACUGAAACAAAAGAUGUACUCACAGGGAAUCACUGUGAAAACAGUGCUUUAGUUUUAAUGUAGUAACCAUGUUACAGCAUGGUUAUCUGAUCAACGUUUUAACCCCAAUGUUUUUUCACCGUAAAAUAGUUUUAACUGUGAAAGCCCUUUGAGUGCAUCUUUUGUUUACAUGACCAAGAUAUUAUACUCACCCUACUUCAAGAGUGUGCGUGAUGUAGUUGUGGUGGUGAAAGGGUUAAAGUUCACUAUUUGUCUGCGUUAGAGCGGCAAUAAUGAUAAAAAUCCCACUUAACACCCCCCACACUUAGCCAUGAUAUAAAUAUUACUAGUUUAGCACUGCCACCACCAAGACCAUUUAUAAAUGGGGUGCCUUGGCCCCCCAGGUAACUUAAUAAUAACCCACCAAGUACAACUUGGCACAAUAUCUAUACAAUUGCACAACACUAAUUAGUCUCUUCAGUUAAUGUGAUUAUUAACCAGACAAAAGCAGAACUUUAAAAAAUAAAUAUUUACUGUGAGCAGUGCAUAGAAAAACGAGAUGAUGCACAAAUUAUUUACACCAACAGAUAAAAAACCCACAAAGGAUAAAAUAACAGAAGUCCUAAUCACUUACUCACUUAGGUUUUCAAAGUAAAACUUCUGCCCAGGGGCUCUCUGGCAAGGAAAAUGGUGACUCACUCAAAAAUAGUUUUUGGCCCCAAGCAAGUAGAAUACACACUUCAGUAUCAUUAGAUGUAGAUAAGGCGUACCUAUAGAGACAAUAAGUGACCACCCCUUGUGUUCCAGACCAACAUCAAUCCAAACUGAAACUUUUUCUUCUAUCUCCUCUUUUGUACUUGCCACCGAAAUAAUAAUUGGAUUUAUGAAUGUUACCAUUUUUCCAUUCCAUAGAUAUGUCACACUCCUUACUUAUGACUCAAUGUAGUAGACAUCACACAGGGCCGGUGCAAGGAAUUCUGCCGCCCUAGGUAAAGAUCCAUUUUGCCACCCUCCCUAUGCGUUACAAGUUUAUUCACUAAACCCCAAACAGAACAUUUCACUUUUUUUUUUUUUGUGAUUAACAAUUUAUUAGAUAAACCCCCAAAGAAAAUAUGCUUUUAUUUUUGCAACAUGUUUUUCUGCAAGCCCCUAGUCUGUGCCAGGUAAUACUCCAAUGGAGAGGCUUCUAAUGGAGACUACGCCUCUGUGCUAAAGCCGCAAUUGUGCGCAUGCACACUCAAUCACAGUGUUCCUAUGUUUCCAAUUAAGCUCUACUUCAGCUAAUUGAGAAAGGGAGAAGGCAGGCGCACGCUAGUACAGCCAGUCUGCCUCUUCUGCUAGCUCUGUGGAACUAAAUGAAGUGGACGAAAGCCUUCCUGGCUGCCUGACACAUAUGGCAAAUGAGAGUUUAUAUUUAAACCAGGCUUCCAGGCCACUUAUGUGGCCUCUAAAAGGUUGAACAUUAGGGUGCUCAAGGUCGGUUGAGGAAAGGGCAAAGAGGGGAGGUAACAGGCUGUGGGGCUAUACAAUAAAUUGUUUACUGAAACUGUGCUGCUUUGCAAUGAGGAGUCUAAUAAUGUUUUGUAGAUUUUAUUUAAUUUUAUAAUAUAUUACAAUUGAAUAAUAGAUCAUUGACUUAAAUUUACUAUUGAAGAAUAUAUCAUUUGAAUCCAUCUCAUAAGGGUGCAAAGCUGUAAUGUUGUUCCCUUUUUUUUUUUCUCAAAAGAACACUUCAGUGUUAGAAAUACAAAGAUGUAUUCCUAACACUAGUGUCCCUUUGCCCCAAACAUGUCCGUGAAAGAGAGAUUGUGUUCUGGGUGCCUGCAAUGUCUCUUUAAUGAGAGGAUGACAUACUUACUGUAUGGACACAAUCCGCUAAAAGAAAAAUCAUGUAACAUUGAACAUUUGUAAAGCAGUUUCUUUAUAUAAAGCUAGCUCUCUUACAAUAUAAUUCUGUGACAUUUCUGAUUGUACGUGUUUCCACUAAGUGGCCUGGUGAUAACAGAAACACAAAUUAUAGCUGUUACUCUAGCUUACUUAUAAGCUUUGUUGAUUGAUGCACAAGGUAUUCAAUAACCAAGUUUGGUGACCCGACUAGUGGGGCUAGAACAUAUCCGUUUCUAUUGGAGUGAAGAAAUUCUGGUGAGUUUAGUGGAUGUGUGCUGAUUUUUUUAUUUUAUUUUUUUUUAUCUUUAUUUUCUAGGUAAAGAAACUGUGACAAUCCUUCCAGGAGCCUCUUUCUUUUCCAGUGAUGAUUCCUUUGCCAUGAUUAGAGGGUAGGUAACCAUACAGAUAUAUUUUCCUUUUCACUAGAUUGUUACAAUCAAUUUGAUUAGGUGAUGCGUCAUUUUCAGGCUCCAUAACCACCCACAUAAGCAGUGUAGUAAAAGUGUAUUGCCUGUUAAAUUGUCCAGUAGAAGCCUUAAAAUCUGAGACUAAAGUUAUACUCCAUGCAAUUUUGUCCCAUUCGUGCUUUAUACCUGUGACGAGAGCAAUCUCGCCACAUUGCAUUGGAGAAGCCAGGUUGCUCGCCUACUGCCUUUGGACUAUGGCCCCAUGUUAAAAGACAUCUUUUUUCCUGCAGAACAGACUUAUUCGUGCUUUUCUGCCUGGUGUUCGGUAGAUUCAAUCUACCGAACAACCGCACGAAUGGCCAAGACCACCUGGGAGCUGGAGUGUGUCGGCAAUUAGCCUCCCUGAAGCUGCGGUUAACUGCAGCUUAAUUGGCGAAUGCUGGGUGGCCGCCAUUCGUAUCACGAACACGAGGUCGCGGCCAUUUUAAACAUGCGAACGUACAGCGGUGUUCGACGCUUAAUUCAUGGAACUAAAAUCGGACACAGAUUUGCGCGAACACCGCUGAAGCCGCCAAUCUCCCCUUCUUGUUCGGUGAAAGUGCACGAACGGCCCGGUGUUCGGUAGUUUUACUUGAAUAUGUUAUACCCCAGAUGGGAAUCCCAUGGAGCCCAUUCGCAUGAGAACUGACUGUGUAAAGACUUUGGCUCCAUGGCGAUUACACUGUAUUCGUGUGGUAUGAGCGCCAUUCGCUUAAUAAUGUGCGCUCAGACCUGAGCUAUCUGGGGACAUGUUAAAUGUAUAGUUUUAAUGUAACAUGUCCUACAUGGUGUAUUUUAAUAGUAAUUCCUGUUUUAGUAUCCCCACGUGCAUAAUGGCGAUUUGCCUUUGUCUUGGGAGAUAAUUGAAUUACUUCUCAAUUAUCUCCAGGUCAGAGGGGUGGAAGCCAGGAUGCAUUGUGGGAAUAUAAUGUGACUGUGUGUCCUAUUUGUCUACUUGUCUGUCACUUGUCACAGUCUCCCAUUUGGUCCCCUAGGGGAGUGUCCACCAGGUGGGAGACCUGCAUAAAUACUGGGCAGGUAGCCCUCAUUAAACAGACCACUGCUUGACCCUCAACACGGAGCCUUGUCUCGUCUUUGGGGGGGGGGGUUUGCUGAAUGCUGAUAGAGACUGAUUGCUAGGAGUGUAAGCCGCUUGGAUGCUUUUCAUAUUCGUCUGCUAGCAGUGAUACGUAUGGUUCCAGUUCGUGUGUUUGGAGUGCUAUAUUGGAUGCAGUUCGGGAGUUUGGAGCACUCCCUUAUUGGCGGUUCGUGAGUUUGGUGUUUUACAAUAGCUGUGCCUGUAUCUCUGGAAGGGGAAGAUCUACUAAAUGGCGGUUUAACCCUUUUAUGCUGAGGGUCCGUUACAAUACCCAUAGGUCAAAGGAAUACCAUAAUAUUAAAAAUAGAUGUAGAUACAUUGUUAGCCAGUACAUUGCACCCUUCUGCAUGCCCCAAUUACAGAAAUUAAGGACCUCCAAGGGAAGCUAAUGUCCUCUCCAGAGACCAAGACCAUACAAUCCGCGUUUAAAUAAUCUUACCAAUAACUCUAUAACCACACACCAGAAGGAGGCUAUGCAGAGAUUUUUUGAAUCUCUGUCCCUCCCACCUAUUCAGCACUUGUAUGAAGAAGCUCUACUAUCAGUAAUAACACAGGAUGAGGUUCUUGCGGUAAUAUUUGGUCUUAAGGAAGACCAGGUCCAUGACCAAGAUGGCAAUGGCUACUCUUACUAUAACAUUUUUAUUGAGGUUCCUCAUACGGUCCCAAUAUUCAGUGCAGCAUUGAUUGCGACCCACUAAAGAUUAGGUGAGUUUAGUGGAUGUGUUCUCAUUAUUUUACGGUCAAUAUAAUUCUACUGUCAAAGGAGGGUGGGCUGAUACUAUAGUUGGUAACUACAUGCCCAUUUCAUUACUCUGACACAAAAGUAGAGUGCUUGCUGCCUGACUGCUUCCCCUGCUUCCGAAAUUAAUACACACUGAUCAGGUGGGAUUCAUUCCUGAAUGACCAUUACACGAGAAUACCAGAUGACUUGGUGUGUAGGAUGGGUAAGCCACAGACACCUUCUCUGCUUCUUUCUUUGGAUUCAGAGAUGGAGUUUGACAGGGUGUAGUGGCUAUUUCUAUUUGGCUUGUUAGGUGUGGAGCUUCCCCUUUCUUAUUCUCAGGGCUAUUAAGACUGCAGGCACAGUUGAACCUAUUCGAGGUACAUCCCGCUUCUUUCAAUCUAUCCAAUGGGAUGAGACAAGGUAGCCUGUUUUUGCCUUUACUGUACAUAUUUUCCCUGGGACCUCUUCUUCACAUUAAAAGGGAGAACCAAUCCAUUGAGAGGAUUGAGGUUGGAGGAGAUCUUUUUAAAAUGGCGGCUUAUGCCGACAUUGUCCUCCCAACACUGUUAAAUUCUGAAUCUAGACUAUACCCACUGUUUGUUCAACUUUAAAUAUGUACUGUCAUUAUCUGGUUACAAGAUCAAUGUAGAGAAAUCCCAUGCAAUAUCCAUGAACCUGUCAGCUGCUGACAUGGACCUAAUUAUAUCAAAAUAAGUUACACAUGGCUCCUCCAAGGAUGAUUCCAAAGCUUUUAUUUGAAGCAAAUUAUUCUGUAAUGUUUCAUAAGAUCAAGAUGAACCUGGAGUUCCUGAGUGGUGGGAUCAGUCUCCUUGGUCAGCAGAAUGCAUAGCAUAGAAAUUAAUAUGAAUCCUCCAAGAUUGAUCUUUCCAUUUCAGGUUCUCCUGUUUUGGGUUACAAAGUGUGACCUAGAUGAUAUUUUGACAAAUUAUUUGGGGUAAUAACUGGUAUAUAUUGGCAUAGACCAAAAAUGGAAAGAGAUCCAGGACUACUGAACCUCUUGAUAUACUACUAUUCCACAUAGUUAGCACUGAUAGUGAUGUGGCAUGCUCUGCCACAGGAGAACAAAACCACGACCGGUUAAUCUUAUCUCAUGAGGUCUGACCUCCCUAUGUUUUAUUUGGGGCUGAAUAAACCCAGAAGGGCCAUUCUCUGUACAACAUGUGGUUCCAUUCUUGCUUCGCUCUCCAUAAGAGACCGAAUAAAAUAUAAAUUUCAGUUAACCUCAGAUCCCUCUCUCCUGGCUUCAGUCGUCAGAAACAGAGUUCCUUAUUGGGAUGUGCCCAUGGGACUUUAAGAACAUACAAGUAGCUGGCAUACAACACUACAGAUCUUUAUGGAACCAUUUCUCUGUCAUUAACUUUGCAGCUUUAAAAGAAAGAGCCCUUUUAAAUAACAAGUCUUUCUUUUGUUACAUACAGAUUUGGAAUUUUGCACAUAUGACAGGGGUGUGGGGAGUGGCAGAGCAACUUCCUAGCCCUUUUGAAACUCUGUGCCUUCAGGACAUGUAUCAGAAGGGUCUAGUGUCCCAGCUAUAUAAAUACACACAAAAUAAAAACCACUUGCACAAUAGUGUAGGUUCCUCUCAUGCUGCCAAAACAGCUCUGAUGCAUCGAGGCAUGGACUCCACAAGAGCCCUGAACAUGUUCUUAGCAGAUCCUUUAAGUCCUGUAAGUUGUGAGGUGGGACCUCCAUGGAUCGGAUUUGUUAUUCCAGCACAUCAGACAGAUGCUCAAUCGGAUGAGCUCUGGUUAAUUUGGAGACCAAGGCAACAGCUUUGUCAUGUUUCUCAUUCUAUUCCUGAACCAUUUGUGCAGUGUGGCAGGGUGCAUUCUGCUGGAAGAAACCACCGCCAUUAGGGAACAAAAUUCCAAUGAAGGUAGGUGGGUACAUCCACAUGAAUGUCAGGACCCAAGGUUUCCCAGCAAAACAUUGCUCAGAGCAUAACACUGUGUCCACCAGCCUUUCCCAUAGUACAUCUUGCUGCCAUAUUUUCCGCAUGUAAACCACGCAGACGCACCAGCCCUCCAUCUGAUCUAUAAGAAAAUCUGAUUCAUCGGACCAGGCAGCCUUGCUUAAUGAUCCAGUUCUGGUGCUCACAUUGCCAAUGAAUGCACUUUCAGAAGUGGACAGGGUUCAUCAUGGGCACUCUGAUCGGUCUGUAGCUACUCACUGACACCUUUCUGUAAUGGCCAACUGUAACGAAAGCUGGUAUUUCAUAUACCCGUUCAUUUUGUUCCUCCCGAACUGCUAGGUACUUGUUAAUUAUAACUCGCAGUUCGGGACACUAAUUCGACAUUUCCCAAGAAUCAAAGUGCAGCAUACACCCGCUGUUCAGCAGUCACAUACCUAAACAUGAGCCUAGACUAGGUGAAGGGUACAACAAUGUUUUAUUCAGGCCAGAUGGCUGGCUUUUAUGUGAUUCAAGAGUAGAGUAAACUCCCCCAACACGCCCACAAAUUCUGAGUCCCCAUGACUCUGCAUAAAACACAAAAUAUAGAAAAUACAUAAUACACCUAAAACACAUAGGAACCAUUAUAAAUGUCAUAUCCCUGGAUAGCCUGGAUCUGAUCGCCCAAGUUGUCCAAAGCCGAAUCGCCAGCGGGGUAAAAUUUUGACCGACCGCUCAUGAGGCGCCUGCCCAAAACCGUUCCAUAGUUUCAGAGGUAGAGGUCAGUCCAUUUCGGAAGUUCCAUACUGAACAAAACCACGAACGGUUUCCCUAGCUCAAGGGCAGCGUUUUUUCACCUGCUUCGUGUGAACAAACCCACCGAACAGCACUCUCCUGGCUUGUCUGGGAAAAGAAGCAGGCAUUCGCGAAGUUGACCGGUGUUUGCUGGGUCGAGUGUCCAAUUUGGAGUUCAGACACUCGAUUACCAAGUCCCGCUGACUCCUUUCAUGUGACAAGAUGGCCGCCGUUUUCUCCAGCAUGUGGCGUUCGGUUAUACGAACGUCGGCCACACAGGGAGAGUACUUAAUCCUGCUGUUUCUUUAUUGUUAAUGAGCCGGGGGGCGGUCAGUGUUCAGUAAAUUUAUAUACCGAACAAAGAAAAAAAUUAAGUUUGGGAACCAAAGAGUAUAGUUUCAUUCAGUCUUUCAGCAAUUUGAGCUACAGUUGCUCUUUUGUGUGCUCGGGACAGUUGGGAUAGCCCUCGCUCCUCAUGUGUCUCAAUGAGCCUUAGACGCCCAUAACCAUGACAAUGGCUCACUGGUUGUCCUUCCUUGUAUUACUUUUGGUAGGUAUUUUCUGCACACUGUGAGCACCCCACAAGACUUUCUGCUUUGGAGAUGCUCUGGCCCAGUCAUCUAGCCAUAACUCUUUGGCCAUUGUCAAAGUCACUCAGAUCUUUCACUUGCCUAUUUUUCCUGCUUACAACACAUGAACUUCAAGAACAGACUCUUCACUUGUUGUCUGAUAUAUCCAACCUCUUGACUGGUGCCAUUGUAAUCAUAUAAUCAGUUUUACUCACUUAACCUGUCAGUGAUUUUAAUGUUGUGGCUGAUCAAUGUCUGCUCCAGUUGCACAGUCUGGGAUCAAAUAUGUUCUGUUUCUCAAUGGGAAAAGUUUUUGUUUAUUUUCUGGGGUGCAGUUGAGGUGGAUGUCUGGGAAGAGAUUUGGAAAGCAGCAGUCAAGUUUUCGAAAUGUGUCACAGCACAGGAUAUAGGUAUAAAAUUAUGUUCCAAUGGUACACCACUCCUGUCCAGUUAUGUCCCAUAGGGAAAAUCCCCACUGAUUAUUGUUGGAGAUAAUGUAGAUAUCGUGGCUCAGACCUUCAUAUGUGGGGGGCCUGCUCAGUAGUAGUCCCUUUCUGGGACGGAGUAGGGGAUCUUUUGGCAGCAGUUUAUCAAGGCCCUUUGAUCUAGACCCCUGGCUAUUACGAUUGUCUAGGGACCCUUAGAGGGCUUCCUAAAGAAGGCUCAGAAAUUGAUCAACAAAAUAACCUUAGCAGCAAGGAGACCUUUGGUAUCAUGAUUAGAACUAAAAUAGACGGAAAUCAUUUAAUGGAUCAGCUAAUGGGCAGGGUUCAUGACACCUUGCCCUCUUUCUAUAAAGUUUGGGAUUCUUGGCGAGGUUUCACCUCCAUGACAUAAAGACAGAUGUUAGUCAGUUGCAUUAGGUCUCAUCUGUGGUGGUAACCCCUUGAUUUAUACAGUCAAGAUGAACCAUGGCACAUAUCUGUGAAGGGAUGCGAUCAGAGUUGUAGUGCUUUUUUUGUUGCAAUUAUAAAAUGUUUUGUGCCAGAUCACAGUGAGAGGAUCUCAUUGCUGCUAGGUAAGUAGCACAUAGGUUGUUAUGGUGUUUGGAAUGUCCCUUUUAAUUGUGGACUGUAAUUUGCCCAGGCUUAUAUAAAAUAUGCAAAAGCUAAAUAGAUCUGUAAUAUUUUCUAGUAAUUUUAAUUGAAUGGUAUAGCAGUCAAUAUUUAGACUUUGUAUGUGUAAAUGGGUAAAAUUAAAUGCUACAAAAUAUCCUAUGAUCCUUGCUUUAUCUUGUCUGUCUUUAUAGGUAAUGUGUAAUUUUAUCCUGUCCGUGUUUAAUAUUUAUGUCUUCAUUUUUCCAGGGGUCAUGUUGACCUGACAAUGUUGGGUGCUAUGCAAGUAUCGAAGUAUGGAGAUCUUGCAAACUGGAUGAUUCCGGUGAGUAUUUUAUCUAUUACUAUUGCAGUACUGGCCAUGUUGAUCCACAUAUUGGGAAUUUAUAACUUUGGGUAGAGUGGUACAACAAAUAACAACAAAAAAAAUACAUAUAUGUAAUUGCACCGAUACGCUAAAAUGGAACGUCACUUUUUAGCAUUCCAUAUCAACGUUGGAUAACGAGUCUUCUGCAGUGCUCUAAAAUGUAACUUUAAAUUUGGGACACAAAGCUAGCCCAUGGGAAAAAAAAAAUUCAUGGCUAAAUGGUUGUUUACCAAUUAUGUUGCUGAUAUGAUCUGUGUUGAUUUAGAAAUUAGCAGACUUUUUUUAUUUUUUAUUUUUUUAUUUUUAUUUAUUGGAAGUUUACUUUAUCUGAAAGAAAAGACUUUGUGAUGCUUGACCUAUUCUGAAUCUGAUGGUAAUAUAGUUCUUUUCUCGCACAAUAUAAACCAGACAGGGAGAAUCUGGUAAAGAGUCAGCGUGUCUUUAAGUGGUUGGAGCCAGCACAGACAUCUGAGAAAAGAGCAUUACACAGUUGUGUUGGCUGCAGUUUAAUAUGCUCUUACUAAGGUGCCUCAGCUGAGCCUUGUGGGAGAUAUCAGUAACACCUGCAGAGAAGGUCGUGUAUCGAAGCGGGUGGGCACUCUGCUCUGCUUACACUAAAGAUGAUUUGGAGAUUCAGGGAUUGGUGAACUGCAUAUGAGGAUGUCAGUCGUACAAUAAAAUCUUCCACUAUAAUUACUGAAAGAACUAAUGUUGCAUAAAGUCUGUUUCUGAAGCAUGUAACAGAAGUUCAUUAUCUUUUCUAGCAGCAUAAAUACAAGUAUUUUAUCUAUUAAUUAGCUUUGAUCUUUAAAUGUGUAAAAUCAGUUUGCUGGAGAGAAUAUCUAGUUAAAUACUGAGAGAUAUAUAUAUUUGUAUGUGUGUGUGUCAAUGUAUAUUACAUAAUGUUUAUUUUUUACUUUCUUCAAAGACCUAGAGAUGAUUUUUUUUAUUUUUUUUACCCAUUUGCUAAAUUGUGCCGCAAAAACUUAAACUUGCUACUCUACUAGUGAAAACAUCUUUGAGUUUCUGUGUGUUUGUAUGUAUACAUUCAUACAUACUUUCAUGAAAUAGAUGCAAAAUAAUGCUGCGUGGUAGUAAUUUUAUUGGGCUAACAGUAUUUUGGAAUUACUAGUUUUUGGAAGUUGAUUAAUUGGUAAGAAGAGAUGUUUACUAUCAAGCCACAUGUGACUUACUCUGUACUAUUGUGGGUUAUUCAAGUUUUAAAAAUAAAAGCAACUUAUAAAGUGCUUUUCUACUGGUAGUACUCAGAGGGUUUUGACCAAUUUUGAAUACUUUGUACCAUAUUAUUGGCAAUCCAUGUAAGCAAAGGAGGGUUGGUGUCCCAUGACAGAUUUUUGAGUUGUUGGUUAAAAUCCUUGCUGUGGCAUUUUCUACUAGAGAAACUUGUGCUUGAGACCAUGAUUAAAUGUGUUACAGUAGUCCAGAUGGGGAUGUGACCAGUGGAUUUAUUAUUGUGAGAGAUUCUCUGCUGAAAUCAGGUGUUUGAUUCUGUCAAUUUUUUCAAAUGAGGAAUGAGGUUUGGACUGCAGCUCAUUUGAGUCCCUGGGGUAAGUUCAAAAUCAAGCAUUAUGCCUAGGUUUUUAUCAUUGAUGCUGAAGUUCAGUUUUUAACAUCCGUAUCCCAGACAAAUUUGAUCUUAAUGCAGCUUAGUUGCUAAGCUAUCACACAGCUCACACCAAUAACUAGUACCUGUGUUUUGUCACAAUUUAUUUUUAACCACUAAUACUCCACUCCAGAACAUUAUCAAAGCAUUUAUUGAUCCCUUUUUUUUUUUUUUUUUGAAUACUUGAUCUUGGUUUGAAGGAGAUGUAUGUCUGAAUAUCCUCAUCUGCAUUUUUUUUUUUUGUUUUGUUGGGAUCUAAUAUUUUAUUAAGCAUAGUUAGAAUUCUCUUGGACCUUUUUAAAAGCCUGCUGGCAUUGCGAUGAAGUGUUCUUGGUGCCUAUAGUGUCCCUAUAAUGGUAGUGGUCAGUCAAUUUAGGGUUUUUCCUGGCUAAUCAUGGCAGCAGUUAACUAGUGGGGUUAGCACCUUCCUCCAGCCAGUGGGACAGGAAGAACAAUUAAAUUAUAGGAAUAUAUAUAUAUAUAGUUACAGUGGCGUACACAUGACCCAUGGGGCCCCGGUGCGAAAAUUGAUCCGUGACUCCCCCCCCACGCUUACUCGGUGCAGGUCGGGGCUGCAACACACGGCGGCGGGCACCUGGUCGCAGGGGUUGCAGGGCUGUGACCCCGCGACCGCGGUAUGCACACACACUUAAAGGACCACUACAGACACCCAGAUCACAUCAGCUCAAUGAAGUGGUCUGGGUGCCAGGUCCCUCUAGUUUUAACCCUGCAGCUGAAAACAUAGCAGUUUCAGAGAAACGGCUAUGUUUCACUGAGGGUUAAUCCAGCUUCUGGUGGCUGUCUCAUUGACAGCUGCUAGAGGAGCUUCCGCGAUUCUCACUGUGAAAAUCACAGUGAGAAGACACUGAACGUCCAUAGGAAAGCAUUGAGUAAUGCUUUCCUAUGGGCGGUUUAAAUGCGCGCGCGCCUCUUGCCGUGCAUGUGCAUUCGGAGCUGAGAGGCGGAGGGAUCCCCAGCGCCAAGGGAGUCCGACGCUGGAGAAAGGUAAAUGCUGAAGACACACACACACUCUCAUGAACAGACGCAUACACACUAGCUAACAGACACACACAUUUACUGACAGACACACUCAGCGACAGACAUACAUACACACUCUCUUACAAAACAUACACUUUCACUGACAAACACACACUCACUAACAGACAUCACACACCCAAUAACAGACACACUCACUGACACACACACUAACACAAACACACACACACACAUUUUUUUUUUUUAAAUUUAAUCCCCCCAGCCUCCUUACCUUUUUGGAGAGCUGGGGGGAUUCCCUGGGGUCCAGUGGUGCUGCUGGGUGGGCUAGCUGUCUGGGUGGCAGGCGCGCGAGGGAGCCCUCUCCCCUGAGUGCUUCCUCUUCAGCUCCCUCGCGCGCCUCAUAGGGAUGCCGGCGCCAGAAGAUGACGUCCUCUUCUGGCUCCGGCAUCAGGGAGCUGAAGAGGAAGCACUCAGGGGAGAGUGCACCCUCGCGCGCCGGCCACCCAGACAGCCAGCCCACCCGCCCGCCGGGGUCAGCAGGGCCAGCCUCGGAGGAGCCCUGAGGUGGCCGCCUCCUGAGCCCCCCUGGAGAAGAGGCUGGCCCAGUGGGUACAUACCAGGUCGCAGGGGCGGCCGGGCCCCUUGGUGAGCCGGGCCCGGUUGCAGCCGCGACCCUGGUAUGUACGCCACUGUAUAGUUCCUCAGUCUUUUUUUACCUGUCAUCUUAGCCAUAAGAAAAUACAUAUUUUUAUGAAGGAAAAAAAAAGUAUGAUCACCUGUAUGUUUCCUUUCCAGGAAGCCCCAGGUACACGUAGCCUAUCACUAUAGUACUUGUGAACCCCUGGGAGCCGCAGGGGCUCCGGGGCACCUUCCUGCAACUUCAAUUUCAGCAGACCUCCGAACCCCUUUGGGAUGCUUAUCUCAAAGGAUGGCAUCUUAUGAUGUUAUGUGGUAUAAUAGCAAAAUAUAAGCAAUAAGAUGAACAGUCAAUUCCUGUAAAGCCGCUCCUAUGUUAAAUUUAAAUUCAAAGUACGUCUGCAAACUUGUUGCAGAGACUCCAUUGGAAAUAAAUAUAAAAAAUUAAUUUAUAUAUUUUUUGUCUAAACAGCUUGCAAAUCUGCUGUCUGCAGCCUUUGCCAGCCAUCUCCUUUUAGCCAGCUCAGACUCUGUGUCUAUCCAAUCAGACUUCCCUGAUGAGGAAUGAGGUCUUUGCAAGGCAGGUUCUCUGAACAAUGGCUGCCUCUUCAGCUUUGCACCAGAGAGCUAAACAAGAGAAUGCAACAUGGCAAGUUGUCGGACAGCCAGGGCAACAAAGUCAAUUUAGAAAUAUGCCAAUAACUGUUGCAAUCUGCACUAUUUGUACAAUACAAAAUGCAGACACACUCUUCGCAUUCAAAACUAAAUUGCUCUAGGUGUUUGUACCCCACCUGCCACUUUAAAGGAACACUCCAGAGACGUAAGUGGGCAGGGAUGGGGAAAUGUCACAGUUGUAAAAUGUACAGGAUGAAGAAUUUCAUGCUCCCUAAAUAAAGGAGAUUUUGUUAAUUUGGUUUUGUAGAAACUAGUUAACAGCGACUUGACUGCACACUAAGGGGUUCAGUGAUUUGGCUGCUGUACUUUGUAUAAGCGUUUUGGGAGGAUAAUGAGGAGGCUUUGGGUCUUAGCAGAAACUUACUAUUUUUGUCAAACAACUUUAAAACUGCAUGCAUAACCUCCAUGCACUCCCAGCUACUACAAUAAUAAACUGUAACUGUGCUAAUUGGCGCAUACACAACCAACAUUUUAUAAUGUAAAAUUGACAAAGUGCAACAAAUUCAUCUGCUUAUGGUAAAGUGUUCAAUGGUAUUUACCGUCCUGACCGGAAUAGUUGUGCCCAUUUACAGCCGUGUGCCUGGAUAUUCGAUAAUCCCAGCAUGUCUAGGGAUGCCGGCCGCUGCCGAUCUAUGCCACCUUACAGUCCCAUGAGAAUAAUGUCGGUGUGACAUCACACGCGCGCACGUCUUGGGGGUCAAACGCCGAUUACUGCCAAUCGGAACAACGGGAGGGUUAUUUAAACUUAUUUGCACAUUCUCCUAUUGCCCUGUCGUGGUUUCUGCCUGAUGGUAUUUUGAGAAUGUGUUCCUGAUCUUGAUUUUUUUUUAUUUUAUUUAUUUUUUUGGUAUUUGACUUUGGCUUCGUUCUGACUUCCUUGAUUUCUGAUAUCCUUGAUUUUUGGCUUUUUCUCAUCGCUGUGUUUGAUUCUCUAUCCCUGACCUUGUCAAGUAGUCUGGAUUAAUUCUUGGAUACGUUAAGCCCGGCCAUUCUAAGGUCCGGUUAUACAUUAUCCUUAGCCCUAGGUGUAAAAUAAUUCUGCGUGCGGGAUCACUUAGUACUCCUGACACCAACUAUCCAAGUUACGCCUCCAUGACCGGGUAUAAAAGGUAUUCAGUUUGGAUGGAAUCAUCUCUUCCCUUACUGAAUAAUGCUGCACUAGGGGCAUUACAUCUUGGUAUUCUUAAACAUGUAUGACUAAUUUACCCGCUUUUUCGGCUUAAUUCUAUAAUGCAUUCACAAUACAAAUUGUAUUUAAAAAAAAAAAAAAAAAGACAUAUUAGCACAUACAGAGGCUGUAAUAGUGCUUAGAAAUAAAUAGUCAACAAGCCAGAUUCAUUAAGGUUUGUGUGUGGUUUUCAAGUCCACUACAUAGAGAAACAAUAACCAAAAUGCAUUUGCAAUGCUAAAAAAUGAAUUCCAUGCUUUUCACAGCAUCUUGUAAACCUCUUAAAGCCAACAUAAUUACUUGCUUUUCCUCCUGUUAAAUGGAUAUUGCUGUGUAUUUGAUAUUGCUUAGAAAUACAUCUCCUUUGACUAAUGAUGCAUUGGACCUGGACUGGAUUUUGGCUUCUAAACCGAGCUUUUGAAAAAGUAUAAAACGAUUAAAUGUGAUAAAUAUGAUAAAUUGAAGCCUCCUAAGGAUUCAUUAAUAUUUAUAUUUUAAACCCCAGAGCCGGUACAAUGCAGAAGCAAAUAAAUCACUGAAUCACUGACAGCAAAGCCCUGAAGCUAAUGAAUGAUAAACUAUUAAAAUUAUUUUAUCUAAAAUAUCCGUGGUUGACAUUUUGAUGGUUAACAUCAUUUUUAUAGUGCAGGGUAACUAGCACUAUGACUUAGAGUCUGACCUUUUGAUAGGGAUAAGUGCAGCCAUAAAGAUAAGGCAUUUAGGUGUUACAGUUAAACUGGUCAUAUUAAAUGCUACAGGCAUACUCUCUGUAAGAUAUUGAUCGUCUAGAAAGCCAAAUCAUACUUUCAUUAUUCCUCAUUAAUUGGUGAUCACGUUAUAGCCACUCUUUGUCAGUCUAUAGUAAUUGCCUGUAAGAGACAGGUGCACAAUUGUAGGACUGCUAUAAUUGCCACAUUUAAAAUAAAUUAUUCAUAAUGUAUGCAUGCACUGAAAAUUUAAUUUAUUUAUUUUUUUAGUAUUCAGCUGCAUACCACCAUGACCUAGUUUUUAAAGGGGUACUCUUUAAUGAACUUGAGCAAGAAUUCAUGAAAUGCAUACAUUCACACGUAGAAACCGCAUCAAUCUGUACUUUAUUUUGUAACUAUAUACAGUUUGCUACUGCGCCACCUACAGUCCACUAUGACAAACACUUUCAUGUAUAGGAUGAGUUAUGUUUUAAUUCCAACAAUUGUGACUAAGUUGCUUACCUAGGAUGGUAUGCUAAUGCUCUCAUAUUCCUACCUCUGUUCAAUCUAUUGGUUAAACUGCAGUUAUAUUACUAACCGGGGUAAAUCUAGAACAUAUUUAGUGGUUUUGUACAGAAAUACAGGAACUAUUUGCCUCUAGUAGUUAACCCUACCACCUCACAAAUUUUAUUGGUGUGGCCCAGGAUUUUUAUGGAUAAAUCGCAAUAUAAUUUUUAUUAUGGUUUUAAAUGAGGCCAAUGAUUUAUUACCCAGAUUUUGGAAAUGGCCCAAGAUUUGUACCUUCUAUUUUAAGUACCCAAUUCUGUAUAGUAAGAGUUAUGGAAGAAUUAUAUUGGGGAGCAAAAGGUUGUCUUAGUUAAGAUAUCCUGGGAUCAAAAUGCUGAAAGGUCCUGUGGUGGCACAAAUGGCAGAUUCAUCGUAAUUGUUAUUUUAGGUUUAAAAAAUUGCUUUUCUUUAAAAAAAUUUUUAUUUAAAUUAUCUAUUUUUGUGUUAUGAAUAUGGUUAUGUACAUGAUUUUUUUUUUGUUUUUUUAGAUGAGAAAAUUAUUACAUUAAUCAAUAAAGAACAAAUUAUAUUAAAACACCCCUAGACAGUCACAUUACAGGAGGAAUGUGCUAGUGGCCUUUAUGUCUUAUGAUAACUUUCUAUGGAGGACCCUGUGCUGUAAGUGUGAUAAGAUCUGUUUAUGGUAAAAAUAAAAAUAUGGAAUGAACCCAUUGGUAAACUGAAUAGUAGGUAUGUGUGUUUUAUUUGCUUGACCUGCUUCAAUCUGGAUUCCGCGCUCGUCACUCUAUUUAAAAAGCUGUGACCAAAGUAUCCAUUAAUCUUAUCACUGCAAAAUCCCAUGGCCACUACUCUAUCCUAAUUCUGCUUGACCUUUCUGCUGCUUUUUACACUGUUAAUCUCCCUUGCCCGUUUGCUUCCAAGUCAAUGGUGCUAAUAUCUGCUCUACCUCACAGGCUUGCUUCUUAGGUGUUCUCUUUGAAACCGACCUCUGCUUCACCCUUCAUGUCCAAUCAAUUGACAAAUCCUGCCGCUUCCAUCUCAAAAACAUUCAGCAAGCAUUCACCCCUAUUAAACUCCUGAUGUGGCUAAGGUGCUUGUCCAUGCCGCUGUCCUCUCUCGCCUUGAUUACUGUAAUCUGCUUCUCAGUUAUCUUUUAUGUUUCCAACUUGUCUCAUUGCUGUCUAUAAUGAAUGCGGUGGCGAAGCUCAUCUUCCAGGCUGCCCGCACCUCCCACACCUCCCUCCUCUGUCAGUCCCUACAUUGGCUUCCAAUUAGAUAUAGGGCUCAAUUUAAGAUUGAUACUUGCUUACAAAUCUCUACAUAAUGCUGCUCCAACCUACUUAUCCCCACUAGUACACAGGUAUGUUCCGUCUAGGCCCCUACACUCUGCCGAAGACCUACGUCUAACCUUUGCUUGCACUCCUACCUCUGCUGCUCGUCUUAAAGACUUCUCCAGGGCUGCACCUUUUCUGUGGAACUCCCUUCCCUUCUCCAUUAGACUUUCACCCAGUCUCCACUCCUUCAAAAAAUCUUUGAAAACUCACUUCAGGAAAGCAUAUCAUUUAAACAGUCAACAGCUUUCCCUCCCUGCACCCUGAUUCCACUCCUGCAACGGUCAUCAAAACAAAACUAAGCCCUCCGUGAAUACUAUCCUAGCAACCUACUUUUCUACCCUACCCUUGCCUUUUGUGUCACUAUACCCCACUCCCUCUAGCGUGUAAGCUCAUUGAGCAGGGCCCUCAAGCUUUUUUUCUGUGUGUUUAACUAGUCUGGUUACAAAUAGGUGUCUGGUAGUCCACCCAUUGUACAGCGCUUUAUAAAUAUCUUGCAGGUGGCAUUUCAGGUUAGAUCUCCAAGUGGAAACUCAUGAAAUUAAAUAGUAAGCCCAUUGAAAGGGACACAUCCGCACCAUGACCCAAACAGCCUGCUGUGAUUGUUUUGCUUUCAGAAGUGAUGGUGCCCUAAAAGAGGAAGCAGUCUUGCUGGGUACCUAUUGCUGCCUCUCCUGGUGCUGUAAAGCUUCACCAAGGAGCUUCUGUUGGCUCCAUUGAGGGUUCAGAUUGAACCAGGGAUGGUUCAUUGACUGAGUGUGUCAUCUGAGCGUUGGAGCUUCUGGCGGAAGGGGAGGCCACCGCAGAGGUCUCAUGGGACCCAAGAGAGUUGUCCAAUUGUUCUUAAACAAUUAGGAUAUAUACUGUUGUUUAUGCCAUGGUGCUUAGUGUUCCUUUAAUUUUUUUUCUUUUGCAUGUUUUUUACACAUAAUAUAUUUAAUUAGCAUGAAAUUACUUAUGACAUCAAGUUCUAAAAAUUUAUAUGAUUAAAAUGACAACUUAUGCUUACCAUGAAACCCAUUUCUGUGUAAUACAAUGUAAUUGAUAAAUAUGUGAUGUUUGUUAUGGUAACACAUUACAUCCACGUACAAACUAGAUCUGCUGAGUGUUUAAUCAAAUGCAGGUUUUUGUAAAAUCUGGGUUGUUCAUCAUUUCUACCUCACAAAAAAAAUCAGCAGUCGUCCCUUCCCUCUUCUCCCCCCACAUUUUAACAAUUCUGAGUUUGGGUACACUAAAUUAUUUCUGUAAUCAAUAUAUGCAGAUUUGAUUUUCUUACCUGAAGUAAAAUAUAAUUACCUCCUUAACUGCAAUAUAAUAUCUGCCAUUGAUUAGCAGUUUUGCUAAGAAAUAAAAUGUGAAUUUGUCUUAUUUAUAAAGUGCCAACAAGUUUCGUAGCUCUGUACAAUGGGUGGACUAACAGGCAAGUAUUUGUUACCAGAUGAGUUAGAUACAGAGGGAUUGAGGGGCUUGCUCAAUGAGCUUACAUGCUAGAGGAAGUGGAGUAAUUUGACACAAAAGGUAAUGGUAGGAUAAUGUUCAGUGAGGGCUAAGUGUUUUGUUUUGAUGACCAUUUCAGGAAAGGAAUCAGGGUGCACGGACGGAAAGCUGUUCAGUUUAAUUGAUCUGCUUUCCUAAAGAAGUAAGUCUUCAAGAUUUUUUUGAAGAUUGGGUGAAAAUCUAACAGAGAGGGGUUCCAUGUUUGAAGGGUAGAGGAAAUGUGCCUGAGGGGGGAGAGAGAACAUUUUAGUGAGAGGCAGAGCAAGAGAAGGAGAUAGUGCGGAUGAGAUACGAUGUAUCUCAUGUACAAUGUCAUAAUGUGUGUGGUCAAUUAGCCUGAUUUUUUAAAUUUACAAUUCACUACUAACCAUUGUUUACUGAAUAAACCCUAUGUGUUUAACGUAACCUGAAAGAUUAAGUAAAAACACAUAAUAUAGUCUAUGGCAUGGUAAUAAUAAUUAAAUGAAAGUCAAUGCUCUUAAAUGGCCUUUAACUUGUAAAAUAACCAAGCAGUAUAAAUCAGAUAGUUGGGCAUAUGAGGCCAGAAUUGCUAAAUUGCAGAUGUAUCUCUGCCAGAUAAUGAUCGAUCCAGACGUCUGCCUAUGUGUUGAAUUCAUUUCAGCAGCCCAGAAUGAAAUGCUGUGUAAGUGGGUCUUUGGAUACACCAGAAGAUUGAUCGGAUACAAUUCUUAUCUUAUUGAAUAGAGACCAUCAAAUGGAUGUUAAUUGAUUGACUGCAUAGGAUCUGAGCAAUCUUAAUAGAUCAGAAGAUAAAUUAUCUAGCUGAAUAAUGUGUUGUGGUAUACAUUAAUUAAAUCUCCUGUAAUUUACACACACAUUUUUCAUAUCAAUUUAUUUUUAAUUUUUUCUAGUAAAACAAAAUUGAGAAGUUUAUUCUUAAAGAUUACGGAAAUAAACACAUUCAUUUUAAAACUCAAUGGGGGAAAAAACUGUUCUCCAUAUGCAUCAUUCAUUCUAGGUUUAUAGGUAUACUUGGAGGGAAUGUAGAAAUAUCAGUUAAGAUCAAUUUGUAACAUUUUCCCUCUAAAAUGACAACAUUAUAUCAUGACUGUUCACUGGGGAUUAUAACCAUCUAAACAGUGUUAAUUUUGGUGGAAGACUUCAAUUUAGUUUUAGUCAUGUUCUUUUGACAAAAAGCCAUUUUAGUUUUAUUUGUAUUUUGCACCUUCCCCAAUUUUUUUUUUUUGUCUAGUGGUCUCUCUCCCAAGCACUGUUCUCCUUUACCCCUUCAAUUGCCCUUUUGUACAGUGUUAAUUUUGACAGCAAUUUCAUUUUAGUCUGUCUUUUGACUAAGAAGCUAUGUUUUGUUUGUCGUUUUUUAGUCCUCUGAAUUGUUUUAGUCGACAAAAUUAGCACUGCAUCUAAAAAUAGUAAUCUAUGGGGGUGACUUACUGAGCUUACAAGAAUGGCAUAAAUCGGCUAAAUUGGGAAAUCACUUUGAUUUAAAACUGCUUUUGUAGCAGAGUGUCUAUCAACAUCUGUGUCACAACAGAUGUGUGUUUGUAUUUGAGAGUGGGUUUAGGAAUUACAGUUCAGCUGUAUAGGUAGUAUAUAGAACUGGGCUAGUGCUUCUUUCAUCGAGGUUAGUGUUUCAUGGAAUACAUCUGCAGCUUGAAAAGAACAGGUCAGUGAACAAGAUUUGUGUACAUGUGUUUGUUUGAUGUUAUCCCCGUGAAAGCUGGGUUUUAGCGAGGAUGUAUGCAGAGCAGAACUGACAGGUUGCAUCCCAGACAUGUUAUUUAUCGUAUCAUGAUCAUUAAUCCAUCUUUGCAUACACUGCUUCUGUGAAUGUUCAAUAAUACAUAUAUUUUUGUGUACUUUAUAGGCACUUGUAAAUAUAAAUGUUUUCAUUUCCCCCCCCCCCUGUUUUUAUUUUGAGUUUGAAUGGAAAAUAUUUAUUUUAAUAAACCCGUGAAUGCUGAAGAUUUGACCAAGCAGAAAAUGUAUGUAUUCUUACUUGGUGAUUUAUGGACCUAAUUCCAUUUAAACUGAUUUUGUUUGCAAUCUUCAAGUAUCUUGAAUAACUGAUCCAUACAAAAUGCCAACAUUUCCUUCAAGCUCCUCAAAGGCACAGCACGUUUAAUUUGAUGUAUCGGGAAGGCUGCUUAAAAUUCAUAAUCCUGUGCGAGUUGAAAUAUAACUGAGAAACACACUGACCUAAAAUAUUUUAAAACCUGUUUCACCAAUGAGUGCCAUGAACAGGCCAUGUUGAUGUUUGAUUUGAGUUUAUUGAAGUCUCUGUUUUGUCGUUUUCAAUUAAUGCGUAUGAAUCUCAUAUGUUUUCCUGCGGGUCUUUUGUUUAUUUUCCUCCUUUAAUUAUCUAAUUAAUUGCAUAAUGAAUAGAGUACUCUACAUUGCCUCUAGGGUUGCAUUCAUAUUUAUGGAAGUGUGUGGACCCCAUGACAAUUAAUACGUGGUAAUUCUUCCUUUGCCAAUGUGCCUUUUGGGCUUCCUCAUUAGUCUCAUAGGGAUUUGGUGGGGAAAAUUGUGAAUGUUUUUAUUGAAUUUUUUGUUUGUUUCCAACAUGGAAAAGAAGAACGUGGACUCGCAGGUCCCUUUGGUUAUUUGUAUAUGCUUAUACAUCGUAAGGUACGGUCUGUCAGACGUGUAUCGGUGACUCGCAGGUCGCAUUCUUGAAUAAAUGGUGUGUGUAUGGUGGACUCGCAGGUCCGGUAGUGCAUAGUUGUGAAUAGUACUCUUUUAUGUCUUAUGUGUACCAUUUCUACGUUGGGUAGGUUUGUAUCUCCCGCAGGUUUUCGUCUAUUCCCCAGUGCCCACCCUGUAGCCACUAGGCAGUAGUGAGACAUGUGGGCCUCCUAAUGUGUAGGGUCCCAUCAGGACACGCAGACCCCUUGUGACCUCGUGUCUAGAAUCCUGAAUGGCGGUUUAUUGAGGUAUUGACCCCCUACUUUUGAACGAUUCGGCUCUACUUUCCGUCUAAACUAAUAAACUUUGAAGCUCACGAAACUGAUGAGCUUCCGCCCCCUGUACCGUGAGGCCGUGGCCGUUUUGGGUAUUGCAGACGGCCGCACCCUGACGGGUGUCAUAGCCCCCCCAGUACGCUCUCGUGGGGUCAGCCUCUGCUCCCCGAGCCCACGCUCCACCCGGACCUGACAGGGGGGAGAUCUGUAUACCAGAUCUCCUCUGUAACUCGUAACUCCUCCAUUCUAGUAAACCACAGGGAAAGCAUUGGAGUUGUCUUUUUUUUCCAGUACAAAGGUAUUGGGUGUUUUGCGACAUUAAGAAUUCGGAUGGUCAUGGAGCGUUUGUAUCGUGGUGUGGGGGUUGUCAUGUGGUGCAGGAGGUACGGGGCGGGCUGGAAGGGUGGGACAUUGCCUGUAAACAGGGCCACUAUGGCAGCAAUUUUUUCCCAGAAUGGUACUAUGAGUGGGCAUUCCCACCAUAUGUGGAGGAAGGAUCCUACCCCUCUCUUGCACCUCCAGCAGAGGCCGUCCGUGUCUAAGUGCAUUCUCUGUAAGCAUUCUGGUGUCGGGUACCAUUGCGUGAGGACCUUAUAGGCCGUUUCCUGAGUUUUACUAGUGAUUGCGCAAUGGCGCACUAGGUCGCAGAUCUUGUGCCACUGGGUCUCGGUGAGUGUUUCUCCUAUGGCGGUCUCUGGUUUUGUAUUCAGUUUUUAUCCAGCUUCAUUUUUUCUUGGCUUGGACUAACACUGGCACAGAACAGAAACUCUCAAUCUUCAGUAGGUUUUGCACGUUAAGGGGUUAUCCGUAACAAAAUAGACAUGGGUACAUUACUAUGGUUUUUUGCAUCCCUGCAAGGACAGGCAAGAAAGGUUUCCUGUCCCACUAAUGAUCACUUACUGGAGCAGGUGCUGGUCAUUGCCCAUCUAGUAAUGCUUUAUUGAAGGCACUGAUGAAUAGUACAUAUGCAACAUGUAUUCUGGAGGAAGUGCAAAAGGUCUCCAUACUGUUCUAUAACCUGACAAAGUGAGUUUGAAGGUUUCUUCCAUUUCCACAUUGACCCAGUUGGAGACCAGUAAGGCAGGUGUAGAAGAUUAUGCAGGUUCCCACUGCUUGGACAUGAGUGUGUGAAAUGCUGUGUACCUCUGAAAGUGUUCCUACCAGAUAUGUGCUCUGUCUCUGCUCUCAAGUUCAGGAGCAGAAUCUGUGCGCUUGAGAUGUUAAAUUCUCUGCAACACCAGGGGAAACUGCUUUAAGCAUAACAAGUGAAGGCAGAAGUUCCCUAGUUUUUCACUGAUGAAGAAAAGAUCCCACUGGCUUGCCAACUGCAGGGGAUGGCUUUUGAGUGAUGUGGUCAAUCCCUUUUCAUUUUUGUGGGUCAAAAAUAAUCUCUUUCUCUUUAGGGAGAUAUGUAGUGCAGCUCCCGUUCCACUUAUCAGAUUGCAUGUGAGGAGUUGGUUUAUCCAUUUUUUUUUUCUUGGUACCAAGCUAUUUGCUCUGAUAGACUUCAACUUCAAGACCAGAACCAGCAACAUGCGGUUGUGAGACCCACAAGGUCAAAACUGCAGUCCAUGGCUGGUUUCUGCUCAUUGAUCCUUUUGGACGUUUCUCCAAAACUCUGGCCCUCCAGAUGUUGCUGAACUACAACUCCCAUGAUUAUUUGAAUGAAAUGGAUAGCCAGAUAAUCAUGGUAAUCCACAAAAAUACAACAAAAUGAGGGCAGCGUCCUUUACAAGGAUAUCAUGAGGGUGUCCUUUUAAAUCAUACCAUGAGAAUCAUGGUAGCUGUAGUUCAGUAACAUCUGGAGGGCCAUAGUUUGGAGAACACAGUUUUAGAGCAAAGUAGGGAUUAAAAUAUCUCCUUAGACAUUUUUAUGUCUGUUACUAAAGUUGAAGUUAUGUAGUCUGCAGCAAUUUUAGCAUCCCCACAGUUAUAACUAGGGUUGGGCACUGGGUAGGAGAGCAUAAAAGAAAACAAGACGCAAACAAAAAGAUAAUUCAACAAAUAACAAGCUACUGUUUUAGCAUAUGAUCGGAGUAUGAGACCAGGGAUAUUGAUUGGUCAACUUUUUCCCAGGUAGGGGAAGAUAUAGUGGCAAACUUGGCUCACACUAGCAAAACAGACUCAACUACGCCUCCAAACUCUGCAAGGUUCAAAGUCUGUUCUACCUCAUGGAGAGCCCCUCUGACGUACAGACAGCUGGCUUUUCUAAUGCACUUGAAUACUCCUAACAUUAUAACAAAUAUUUAUUUUACCCAACAAGCUAAAGGUACAGGCCUGAUACAUUCCAGUAGGAUGCAUUGUGUUUGUUCUGUUUUAACUAUGAAACCUGUGAACUAACUUAUUAGAGAUUUAUUACGUUACCUGCUGCAUAUUUUCUCUCUAUAUUCUAAUUGUAUUCACAACACUAAGCACGGUCCAGAUUUUAUCCUGUUUCCUUUUUGUAUUGGUUUGCUGGUUUUUAAGUACUCUUGCAGACUAAUUACUAAAAGCAGAGUCUACAAAGAUUAAUUUUUUAUUUUAUUUAACAUAUAUAUCCUCCCAACCCUUUAGCUACAGAUGAGUAGGCAGAAAUAUACAUUUAUAUAGGUAAACUUUAUAGAAGGCAUAUCUUAUAUGCAUAUAGUAAAACAAAUCAUGAGAUAAAAACUUUUUGGGAGCAGUGGUUGGAUGGUCGGUUUCUUUUUUUUAAUUCUUAGUUAUUUAUUUUGGCAAGAUAAUUUUUUUUUAUUUAUUUUUUUUUUAUUUUUUUUUAUAUAUUUGACAGAAAAUGCAUCUAUUACAUCUGAUGUCUUAAACCAAAGUAGCCUAUAUCUAAGUUUUAACCUUGAUUCCACAGAAGCAAUGUCCAUUUUCCAGUGAAGUUGAGCUUGUGGAGUGGCAAAGUGCGAUUCAGGCACAAUAUCAAUUGCAACACCUCUCACAUGCCCUCUAGCUACUGUAGCCCUUUAAAUCCUAAAUCCCAAAUGUGAGUAGUUAUUUACCACUUUGCUAGUGCUGUCCUUAAACAUUACCCGUAGCAGUGACCGUAACAAGGCAACCUAAAGCAGUAGAAAGGGGGAGAUUCAUAGGAUGGGCUACUAUUUUCUGUGCUGUUAUGCUUUCAUUUGGAAAUAUAUGUAUUUUUGACCUCCUUUAAUAAUUCACAUUGAUAAACAAUUCAGGAUCAAUGGCUGUCAUGGCCCUUAUUCCCAAAUCCCCAGAAGGGCGUUUUGUUUUUUUUUGUUUGUUUUUUUUUGUUGUUUUUUUGGAUAGAGGAUUAGAAUCAAACACUUCAUAGCAAUAAACAUUGUAAGUUGACAUUAUAACAUUGUAACACCGCUCACGUCUUAGCGUUAGUUUAUGUAAGAGAACACCUCGGAGCAGAAGUGCUUAUUGCAUUUCAUUUUAUUUUUUUUAACUGUUGGUUAUAUGCUCUAUUAGCUGUUCAUAUGGGAUUAGAUUAAACCAAAAACAAAAUAUGUAUUGCUUGUUUUAAGGCACAGGCUAAUGGUUUCAGAUCCCUAGUGAGGAUUCAUUGGGCAGAUAAAUGUUUACUAGACAAUAAACAGCAUGAUAUAUUUAUAAACAUAAGCAGCUUUUAAACUUCAGCUCACCGUAGUGAAUGGUGAUUAGGAAAGCAUCACUGGAUACUGUAGUCUGGAGAAACACUUCAUUCUGUUUUGCAUAUUUUAGAUAAUGAAUAAAAAAAACCUACAAUAAAUAAAAUAUAUAAGUAAUAUAAAGUGUGUGUAUAUUUUAUUUAUUACACUAUCAAAUGUACUCAUUGUAUAUCCAUUAUAUAUUUUGUGUACUUUUCAUAGUGUAAUUAUUUUAUUUAUUUUUUCGCUUUUAAGUGGCUAUCCCACUGGAUAUAAAAAUAGACUUGCAUAAACUAGACUCUAGUUACUGGAGGGCAUUGCACCUAAAGCAGUGUCCAUUGUCUUCUCUCUCCAUUUACUAUACGUCUUUCGUUUGUUGUCAUUGUCCUCUGUUACGAUUUAGCUUUUUUCAGCCUUGAUGUCCCUUGAAGAAUGCUGGUUGUGAUAGUAGAUGCUACCAGCUGUCAAUUUGAAAAGAUGCACUGGCAUUAGGAUUGACCCUUUUACAGAUAGAGGAUUAUACUUUCAUAGCAAGCUGCAAGUUCUUUGUAAGAUUCCUGGCUGACUGACCCACAGCAAUAACAUUGCCCUGCAGGUCUUUGCCUUUGAAAGGAGUGGAAAGAACAGAGAAUAGGCUUUGUGAUUCCAUCUCUGUGGCUGAACUUGCAUAAUUAUUUGGUCACUACAGUCAAACUAGAUAGCACCCAGCUUUACAGUAAUAUUUCUAGUGUCAGGUUUGUCAUUCAAAGAAGUUAUUUAAUGGAGCAACUGCUGAACUAGAUUUUUAUUUUUAUUUUACUAUACAAUUACUGAAAGAUUCUCUUUUCUUUAUGCUACUGUGCUUGGAAAAGAUACUCUGACCCAGAUGUGGAAAACUUUAGCUGCUUUAUUUGUUGGACUCCCACGAUUCUUGUUUGUCAAUUAUUUAUACUUCAGAACAAAAAGCCAAGGUUCCCCCAGAAGAUAAUGGAAUUCAGGUUCAAUUUUAAAUCCAGUUUGCUGGUGUCCCUAACUACUUCAUGCUUUCCUAUACGCAUGCUAGAUACAUUGGCAGACACAGAAUUGAUGUCUUCAAUGGGAUGCCUACUAUUUAAAGGGACAUUCUAGACCACUAAAGCACUGUGACUUGCUGAAGUGCAAUAUGUGUAAAGAGUGUGUCCUCUUUUUUUAAUUUUUAAUUUUUUUUAUUUUCUUAAACGUGCAGAUUUCAAUAGAAAUUGACCCAUUUAUAAAUUACCUUGUUACACCCCCCAUGGCUGCCAAGCAGACAGCCAUUCCUGUUACUUCCUGGUUAUUUAGCUCAACGGAGAUAAACCCGAGACAGAUAAUUAUUUUAUUGAUAACAUGGCCAUUCAUAACUUUGGAUUUACGAGUUGACGAACUGAACUGCAAAAAGAAACUUGGAAUAAGGCUGUAGAAUGUUUCUCUAUUUCAGUGUAAUUUUGCAACCUGACUUUCGGUACUUUACCGUUCACUGCUGAAUAACUAAGCCUCAUUAAAUAGGAUUGUAACCAAAUCCUGGCCAAGGUUCACAUCAGUUAUGACAAAACUGUUUCAGUGACUUUGAAGUGUGUUGACAUAGUUUGCUUUGCAUUAUUUUGGACUGUGUAAGCAAGCCAAAACGUAUCAUGUUUAUUUAAAUAUAUAUUUAUUUUUCCAUUUCAGGGUAAGAUGGUGAAGGGGAUGGGUGGUGCCAUGGACCUGGUGUCAAGCUCAGGAACCAAAGUUGUGGUUACGAUGGAGCACUCUGCCAAGGUAAGUGGACUAUGAAAUGGUGAUGGAUUGCACACAGGAAGGAUUCUAUAAUUAAUUCAAUAUUUUAACUAAAAUAAACAGACUAAUUAUUCACAAUUGUUUUGACCGUUUCUUGUGUAUUUUUUAUUGUUGACAUCAUUUUUUUUUAUUUUUUAUUUGCCUUGUAUCACCAUAUUAUUUACGCUUUUUAAAUUUAUUUGCAAAAUAUUUAUCAUUUGCCCUUUAUAACCUGGUAGUUCCACUGUCAUCCUCCGCAAUUCUGUGCAAUUUCCAGUAUAUCAUUCCGGCCCACACUGUGCACACUCGUGUUUGGUUUUUAUUUGGACGUGUUCCACGAGUCACUGAAUUACUGUAACAUAUUGCAGUACUAUACUCGACCUAUGAAGAAUCGGCAGCUAAGCAAAAUCUACUUAAUGUGACAAAGAUCAAAAAAAUCACAAGCUUGAUCUAACCAUCACCAUGAGAAUUAAAGCUUUUGGUACUAAAUGUUUUUUUGCUUGAAUAGCUAAACUCAGAUGGAUAUGUUGUGGUUUUUUUUUUCUGUUUGUUUUUUUGGGGUACUGCCUUCUCUGUUGCUAAGGAAACCUGUUCAUUUUCACAAUGCAUGUCUUGUUUCUGUGCUUCAUAAUGAUAUGCUUAACCAUUUGAUUUGCCUUAUGCUCCACAUUGAAGGUAAUGAGUCGAACAAUGCCCUACUUUGCAGAGUAUUGCUGAACAUUAUGGGAAAUAGGCAUACUAACCUCCAGCUGUAGUGAAUAGGCUUAGAGGAACCAAAUGCUUUUUUGUGUACUGUAUGCCACAAUUUUAAAGAGUUUGCCAUAAUGCUUGUAAAAGGUAAAUCUUAUGAAGUUCCAUUUUUCUUUACUUAUCUAAUAAGACUGGCAAAGCAUUGUUGGGAUAGUAGUUCUAAACAGCUGUGUUUUUUUUCCUAGAGGUGCCUAAAAGGAUGAAGUGUGUGUCUUUAGAAAAGUGUGAUAGAGGACAAUAGUAUAACGGAGGUAGUCCACUAGCCUAGAAACAGUAGGCCAGUCCUAGGGGCAGUGCCCAUCUAAAUCUGAUGAGCCUGUAGUUGCAAAGUGCCUGUUAAUAUUCUAACCAGACAAGCUAUUGGAAGAAGACGGAGAAUGGUUCUUCCCAUGUGCAGAGUGUAGGAUGAGGAUGUCUGUACCACAAUAUGCACAAUGGCCAGGUUUUGGACAGUUAUUACAAUCUUGGAUAAUGAGUUGAGAGAUUUUGUUGAGUCAAAUCCUGCAUUGACAGCGGUGCCCUGCAACUUGCCCAUUAUUAAUUGUCAAUUUACAUAUCUGGACAUACCAGCUCUUACUUGUGAGAGACUGUAGACGAUCUGUAAAUGGUCUGGUAGCUACUUUACCCACUGCAGUAGAAGUUACAGAAAAUGGUCAUCCACAACUUGUGAUGGUGAUUUGUUAGGUCACAUGACUUUAUAUUUUUGGGGGGUGUUCACACCCUGACCAGCUUUGAGGAAACUGACUAUAAUUGCAUCAAUCUGCAUAUGUUUCUAAAACCUGACAUAUAUUAACUUAAGGGUCGAAAUUAAAUGAACGCAUAAAUGUGAAAAAAGAUCUUCAAUGUGAGAUUUCAUCUAAAAAUAAAAAUGUAAUUCUGCCCACACCCCUAUUGAAUGUCCAAACGAGAUAAACCUCUCCAAACAGAAUAUUACAAUUGAUUAAGAAAUUGGAUGACAACUAAGCCAAUCGUCAUUGAAACAUCGUUAAUAAACUGUUCUUGCACCAUGGUCUUCUGUUUUGUUUUUUUUGACAAGUUCUGGCAUCAACCCAAAGUUCUAUUCCAUUUUGUUUCUUCAAAGGCUCCAGAUAACCCUAGACCAUUAUUAUUUCUCAUACCAUUAAAAAGAAACCUGUUUUAACCUAUGCUGUGCUGUACUGUGCGAACACCCCUGCAUUGCCUAAUGAGUUCUUACUUUGGCACAUGACCAUCUUCUGUUUCUCGUAGUUCAUCUUGCUUUAGGCUGUUACACUGGCAUUUUAGUACUAGCCUACUCACAUGUUAACCCAUCUAUAUCUUAUUUAUAAUGUUCCAUAAUCUUCGUUAUCUUGCAUUCGGAUUUGGCAUUUGGAGUAUUCCUUUAACUCUAUCAAUGCAAGCCCGUCCGCAUAAAUGAAAAUAAAUGGUUUUUCUCCUCAGGCGAGUCCUCUCUCCGCUGCAAUGCUCGACCCCCAGGACACUCCCUUGCUGUCUGGUUAAAAUUUGGUGCAUGUGUGGCAACUGCAUAGAUCAAAUGUGGUGAUCAUCAAAUGAGUGCUCCUAGUGCUUCCCAACGGAAGUUCUCACUUCAACAAUUGUUCAAGCAGAGUAAAUCAGGAAGCAUUCCUGAUGUUCAGCUUGACUGGGGUGUUUUUAAAUUAAUUCAGAAGUGCCAAAUUCUUCUGAAAGUAUAACUUUCAUUCCAUGUCAGUGGUAUGGAGUGUAUGAAUCUAGUCUCCCAGUCAAGUUAACAAACUUCCCCUGUGAUUAUGCAAAAGUGCAUUAAAACACAGAAAUUAGGCCACUCCAUUGAAACAGAUGGUUUGGUGAGAUGUUUCUGGAUGAUGAAAGGCAGGACAAAUUUAGGUAAUAGGGAAUUACUUUUACUGGUCUGAAACAAGAGAUACCUUCAGCUAGAAUUCACAGAUACAAUAUUUAUAUUAUCUAUAUAUUAAUAUAGAUGAGGCAGUUGUCAAUCUUGCAUAUUACUCAAAGACGUCAUAACCCGUUUUGAAAUUGCAAGGGAAGGAAAGUAAAAUAUGUAACUUUUAAAUAACUCUUAAAUACUUUGAUAACUGCAUGGUUAUCAAAGUAUUUUUUUUAAGAGUUAUUUAAAUUGUUAUUGUCAAGGUCUCCAUCUGCUUUUACACUGUACUUGGUGGACAUCCAUAGUCACUGUUCCUGUGUUGACAGACAUGGACUAUCUUUACAUGUUUCCCCAUACCUUUACCACAUAUCGGCUGGAAAGCCAUUUCAGUAUUCUUGGUUUCAAACUGUAAAAUGUAUAUCCUAGAAAUGAUCCAAUCAAAUUACUAAUCACAUCAGUAUACACUUGGCCAUCUUCCCCUUUGCCACUAUGUUCAAUUAGCCCACGUUUUACACCCUUACAAUUCCCAAGUAAGUCAACUAGGACCAUACAUCAUAGUCAACCUGAAAUACAGUUAACAUAUAUAUUUUUUAUCUGUUCUUUUAUGCUGUGACUAUAAAAUGACUAGUAAACCUGAUCUAUUAGAGCAAAUUAAAUUCAAGCAUUUUAUAAAAUGUUAAACGCCAUGCUUAUGCUUUGUUACAGUGUAAUAAUACUGUUGGCAAGGCAGCACAGUCCGUAUGUAGCUACAUCUGAAUUAUACUACGAAGAGCUUUUAAAGCACUUUGCAAAUGCUCUAGGAUAUCAUUUGGGAUACGCACUUACUUGUCAAGAUAAAUAACCAAUAAUUAAUGGCAGGCCAUGGUCCUUUGCCCACCUGCCUUUAUAAUGUGUCAUGCUUCACUAAGAUGGAAAGUCACGUUUUUCUAAUCUUCGUUUUGUGCGAAAUCUUUUCUGGGUCUGAUCUAUGGUGCAUGUGUACCUAGUAAAUGCAGAGGGAAUAAAUGUCAAACUGUACACAAGUAUAAUUCCAUUGUUGUGUUAAUGAAAUAAAUGCUUGUCAACCUGUCCCAGGUCAGUGUUUCUCUGCAGUGCUAUCUAAAUCGAUACAGUUAGUGAUCAGGUUGUACAAAUACUGAUUCAAUAAAAUGUAAAACGGACAUAAAAUUUUUCUCAUUACAAUUCAGAACAACAUUAAAAAAGUUAUACACCAUGAAUUUUGGGUAAGAAUGGUUAUCAAGAUAUGGAUGACAGUGAUGAUUUUUAACACCUCAACUGAUACAUUCAGCCAAUCUGUUUAAUCCAAAUUUGUAAUUGACAAUACUAAUAAGUAGUGAUGUCCCGAACUGUUCGCCGCGAACGUAAACAUAAACUUUGACCCUGUACCUCACAGUCAGCAGACACAUUCCAGCCAAUCAGCAGCAGACCCUCCCUCCCAGACCCUCCCACCUCCUGGACAGCAUCCAUUUUACAUUCAUUGUGAAGCUGCAUUCUUAGUGAGCUGUCCAGGAGGUGGGAGGGUCUGGGAGGGAGGGUCUGCUGCUGAUUGGCUGGAAUGUGUCUGCUGACUGUGAGGUACAGGGUCAAAGUUUAUGUUUAUGUUCGCCGUCCGCGGCGAACCUUUCGGGACAUCACUACUAAUAAGCAGUGUAACAUAUGCAAUCUUAAAAUUGAAAUUGAGAAAUUGGCCAUAGGAUUCUGGGAGGUAAAAAGCUGAAAAUGUUUGACAGUAGCCUGCUUGCACAGUAACUAAUACACUGGCCUGUAGCAGUUAGGGAGCUUCGUGUCACUUUAUUACAAACAAUUAAAGUCUAUAGAAACACAUAUGUUGAUGUUUAGUAUUUGUUACAGUUCCAUACUUUUUCUCCUUUCCGUCAUCAGUUGGGAGUCCCAUGAGUUAAUGGGAAUAUAUAAAGCAACAAGGGGGAAUAACGAAUUGUUUUCAAACAUUAAUACAUGUACUUUUCGUUCCUUAAAGGGUGGAGCACACAAGAUUUUGGAACAAUGCAACUUGCCACUUACUGGGAAACAGUGUGUUGACCGUAUUAUUACAGAGAAGGUAACAUUUAAUUUUUCUGCUUUAGUUCAACGCCUACCAUCAUACUAUUUAUACCUAAGUUUGUUUGUUUGUUUCUCCAAAUGCUUAAAAUGUCUUGUAAUACCAGGGUCUGUUAUAAAUUGAUUGUUUAGAUACUGCUACUGCAAGUUUAUCCUAGAUAACAUUUUAAUGGAGCAAACACGCCAUUUGUUACAGCUUAAUUCAAGUAUAAGACUUGUUUUCGGCUGGUAAUAUAUAUAUAUAUAUAUAUAUAUAUAUAUAUAUAUAUAUAUAUUUUUUUUUUCCUUUAUUUUAAUCUGCUCAUAAUUUUCAAAUGAAGUGACCUGUCAGCUACAAAAUUAUCGAUAACAAGGUCCAGUUGAUGUAGGUAUUAAAAGAUCACUGCUGACACCAUAAAAACUUUAUCUCAAUUAUGUAGUUAUGGUCCUUGGAGACACCUGGCGCUGUGCUGCCUUUUACUGUUCAUCCAUUUUCAAACCAUUAAACACAGAAAAGUGUCCCCAGGUUCAGGUCUGUGGCAUCUCCUCUUGUUCUUGGACUAAUCCAGACGUAUUGGCAUGAGUGUGCAGUAAUAGACAGAUAGCAUCAGAGUCUGUAUUAUCCCAAGCUCAAGAGGAGCAGUUCUGGGACCAUAACCACUUCAUUGAGAUGGCAUGCUUAUGGCACCCAGUCUUUCUUUGAGUGCUAGUUUAAAUACUCUGUGGAAUGUUACACUUACAAACCUAAAAUAAAUCAAACCCUAAAACUUAUUACUGGACCUUAGGAUAGCUGGAUUCAACAUUAAUAUAGAAAACCGGCCAAGGUCAUGGAACCAGAAGGUACAUAAAUGGUAGACAAGCCAAAAGUCAAGGGUACCAGCAGUCAGAAUAGUCAACGAGCAAACCAAGGUCACAAUACACAAGAAUCAAUUGCAAUAACGAGCUCUCGGAUAACCAAACUGGAAACCACAACAUGGCACUGAAAAUAAAGCAAAAUGAGAUUAAAUAGCCUAAUGACUAUUCUUAUUUGCUAAUUAAGGUCACAUGGCUUUGGACAUUCGUGUGUGACAUCCGAAAAAAAUAUUGGGCAGCCAUAAAAGUCUCUAGUGCAUAACGCCUAGCGUCUCACAUGUUUCUAGACCCACCAACUGCUGAGGUGAUCUAUACCCGGUAGCUGCCCUCAUGGGAACAGUCUGCAACAAAGCUCCUUGCUGCAAAUACUCCAUGCAAAAACAUUCUUACGUUCAAAUGCCAAAACACUGCUGACAAAUAUAACCCUGCAAGGAUGGAUCCUUAGCUGGCAUAGCAAUGAAAAUGUUGUACAAAAGAUUGGGAUUUACCUUUUGGCCACCCUUGAACUAGAGAUGGGUAGCAAAAAAAUUCUUGCACCUAUUAACUAUACAUUACAACUGUUUCAUUAAGCCAAAGUUGUUUUGAUGCCUACAGUAUCCCUUUAAAACAUACAGGUUAGAUGAAUGCAUUUGGGUUGUGCUUGACAAAGACCUCAUUGAUUGAAUUCGGACCCAAUAAGUAUGUAAUCUGGAUUCUAAAGAUAUGUGCUGAACCUAUAUUGUUGUAGUUUGCAAAGUUUCAUCAUCGUACAUUGUUUUAAUAGACUAUAUUUCUUUUAAUAACUUAGAAUAAAACAAUCCACCCAUGAAUAAAGGAAUCCAAAUCUAUCUGCGCAUAUACUAAUUUAUUCAGUAGGUAAUAGAACAGUUUUUGAAUGCAAAUUUUAAUUAAUGCCCGUGAUAUAAUUUUCUACUGCUUGGCCAACACUGAGAAAGAAGAGAUCAACUUUUUCCCUUAACCCCUUAAGGGCACACGACAUGUGUGACAUGUCAUGAUUCCCUUUUAUUCCAGAAGUUUGGUCGUUAAGGGGUUAAAACCUGUCCUGCCAUGGUCAGUAGAUAUACAAAAUUAAUGUUUUACAGGAAGAAAUUGAUUUUAUAAGUUUUAAAUCUGAUGGUAACUAGUUGUUUAUAUGAAUGUAUAACAGGCUGUCUUUGAUGUGGACAAAACCAAUGGUCUGACUCUGAUUGAAGUCGAUGAAGGAUUUUCAGUGGAUGAUAUAAGGAAAUGCACUGGCUCUGAUUUUGCUGUAAGUAUAAUAAUGGAAUAGGUUUCUAUUGUUUGUAACAAUGAAUUAUUGAAUCACGAAUGAGUUGCAUUUUGUGUUAUUUGCUGGAGGUGAUGGGAAUCCUAUUACUGUUACUUGCCUGAUACUAUUAUUGGCAAGCAGUGCCAGGUGGGUAUAAUAUGCAUAGAGUAAAGGGAACAAAUGCAUGUUAUGCUUCUUUGAAAUUCCUCUGAGGACAUGAAGAGAAUAGAAACCAAAGAAGAACUAAAAGGUAACAUAGGUGAUCUAGGAAGUUCUAAAUACAUGAAGCCUUGAUCAACUUGGAAUCUCCGACCUGACUUGUUUGAGUAAUUGAGGAGGACUUCAGGGAUCCUUUUCUGAUAUUCUUUUUUUAUUUCACUUAAAUAUUAGUCUUCUCGCUCACAUUGGGACUUGUGGACACUUUAUUUUUGUUAUUUGUGCUUUUCCUUUUUUCCCCGUAAUAUUUCUCAUUAAAGACGUUAUGGUUCCUGGAGUACCAUGGUAGCAUUCCACUGUUUAUGUGCUAAUUAAUUUUUUGUUUUGUUUUUUUGACAAUUAGUGAGACCAGCCGUAGGCAGCCUAGCAUUGCUGCCUGCCACUGACAUGAGUUGGUUAUGGCCAAUCUGUAUGUAACCUCCAUAUUCACUAUAGCCUCCUGCAGGGGAUGGUUCCACAUGUGGCAGGGUGCCCUCAUUCAGUGUCAAACUAAUCAAAGACUGUUUAACAAUGAAAACUGGGACGGCACCAGGGGAUGCCAGAAACAAUUAUCACUUCAGUGAGAUAAAAUAGUUCCUAGAGACUCUGUUUAAGAUUUUUUUUUCAGCCAUUUUUUCAUAUAUUUAUCUGUGUGUGGAAUUAGGCCCACUGAAGAAAUGCGUAAUAUUUUCAGGACUUUCAUGUUUAUCUAAAAUUCAUAUUUCAGAAAUACUUUUUACUGUUGAACAUAAAUUGUGUUCAUUAUCAUCCUAAUCAUCUUUAUCAUUGGAGCAGUCUGUUUUCAGACGACUCAUAUUUUAGAGAUUCUUCACUAAUUGAUGUGCAGAAAUAGUCUGGCUUGCACUUUCCCUCAUUGAUCUUCCUCUUGAAAUGAGAAUAUUUUUGUGACCUGGUUACACAAUGGUCUUAGCUCCUCAAAGACCGUGAUUAAAUUCAUAAUUAACGAAUACUAGGUCCUUUUUUUUAAAUUUUUUUUUUUUUUUUUUUGUGUUCUUAAGUUUUCAGAGAUAUUCUGGUCCGCUGUUUAAAUUCUUUUUUUUGGCACUUUCCAAAUUACCCUGCCAUUCCAUCUUCUCAACUAAUAAAGCAUGUUUGGAUGGUAGAAUUGGGCAAGUAUUACGGAUAGUCUGAAGAAUGACCAUUGUCAAUUCUCAUUGUUUUUUUCAAUGAAAUAUUAAAUGUAUUCAUAUUUUCAAACACCUGCCAUUGCAGUUUGACAUAUUCAUUCUGAAUAUUUUAUGACUAAGAUAAUAUAGGUAACUGUGUCUAGGAUAGCCGUAACAGACUGGGCUGAAAUAGAAGUAGUCGUAUUACCGGUCCUUAGAGUGGCCGGGUUUAACAUUCAAUAGAGAGGAAACGUAGUAAAAUACAAGCGCAGGCAAGGAUAACAGAUGGCAAAAACAGGGACUAGCCAGAGUAAGGCUAUCAAUAGAAUAGGUAAAAGAGUCAGGAGAGGGUUACAGAGAUACUCAAGGUCAGCAACAAAGCCAAUGUCAAUACCAGAAAUAUUACACUGUAACAAGGAAAGCACUAAAGAGUACUGAGAACAUACAUCCAGUAGGGCACAGUAAAUGGGGCCAGAGGAGUUUAAAUACAAUUUGUGUGAUUUGAUUGGCCAACGACGCCACAUCGUGCAUAAAUGGAAAUGCUGGACUGUCAUGGACCAAUCUGAGCCAAAAAUGACAUUAAGUCCCCUGUGUCUUUAAGAAUGCGCUCUGAAUGCAAGAAGCUUUCUCAGUGCUGGUAUUCGGUCUGUGCAAACGUUUAUUUGGUUCGGCGUGUCCUGAGGUUCCUGAUCAGCUCGAGGAUGGGUAGGUAUUACACCAUGUAUGCAUUCACCUUUUAUAUCAAUUGUCCCAUAUAAAUAUAAAAUACAUUUCUAGAAAUAAGUCUGAUCUGCAGUGGUGGUUUGUUUUAUAUUUGAGCACUAUACUCCACCACCUCUCUCUGUAAACUCUAUUUACUGAACUGUUAGACUCCAUGAAAUAUCAAAAUGGUUGCCAAAAAAAAAAAUCUUUUAUUUAAAUGUUCGUUAUAACGUUAGCUGUUGCAGACACUAGCACUAAAAAUGUUUUUAAACAUUUUACAAAUUAAAGAGACUAAGUACCAUAAUGACUCUUUUGUUUAAUGAAUAGGUUUUGGUGCACAGAGUAUGUCUCUUCACAUAAAAUACUGAAGAUGCUCUGUCAUUUUCCUACGCUUAACACAGGGUUGAGCUUACGGCAAGUUCCACUAGUUUUGUCAAGCUCCGUAUUCCCGUAAUGCUCAGCUGAUUGUCAUGUCUGUCGCUGUAUUCUCUGAACGUUGCGCAAGCUCCUCUUCCUUCCUGCUGCUCAACAUGCACCGACAUUACACAGACGAGGACAGUUUGUCGCUGCCAUUACAAGUAAUGCUAAACACAAUGGCUGGACGCUAAAGAUAUUUUUUAUUUAUUGGUGGGGGACAUUAAAAUAAAACACAAAAACAGGUCUAUCCAUGAUAGCCCCACCAACAAAGCAGUUUUGUCUCAUUGCUCAAUUCUCUGCCAUUUAGAAGUAUAAUUAAUUUGUUUUUGCAGCCCUUGCUAAUGUUAUACUUAAUAUAUUGCACAGUGUGUUUAAUGUAGAAGCUUGCAACUCCUGCUCUGUCUAUAGCCUGCAGGAGCCUCCCGUUCAAUUAACAGAGAAGGAGAUAAUAUCUAAAGUAAACACAAUGUGCUCUAAUAUCUGAUUGAAAAACAUAAUUUGUUCAUGUUGGCUGUGUGAGUCAGACAAAACUGUGGGUUUAUGCUGCAGGAGCAGGUAAAAUAAAUUUGAGGAUAAUAUUUGCCUUCUCUCUUAAAAUUAAAAUAAAUGUUCAGUGCCUGGUGGACAUUAAAAUGUGCAUGUUCGAGUCCAGUGCCCAAUACUGAAUGUAUUGAUGAAUCCAUCGCUGAUACAAUAAAUAUUAUGACACACAAGGCUUAAUAUUUGCAGAAUCUACAUUCUGAAUCGAUUUUAUAUGAGCUGCUUAGUUUCCUAUGUUUCAGGAUAAUUGGCAAGCCUGACAGACAAGUUUUUGGCAAUGGGAUGCAUCUGUGUGUACAUGUAUAUCUCAUUGCUCCUAUUAUAUUGCAAAUUACUUUCUUAUGUUUUGAUGUGAAAAGGUGAAUGGAUAGAGGAAUUGUACCAAUCCAUAUUAUACACCCACAUACAUAGUUUACACAUUGUCACUCAGUGAUAUAGACACUAAUGAAUUUUAAUCUUGGGCUGUGCAUCUACGGAAAUACACAUGUACAGUUUUAACCUAACAGAGCAGAACUGUUUCGUAACUAACAAAGGCUAAACGGCACAACAAGUUCAUGCUACCAUGAAUCACACAAAGGUUCCUUAUUACUGGCAUCAUUUAGAGAUUGUCAUGCUCUGUAGGCUGGUAAAUAUUGGAAUCGUUAAGAGAAAUGUUUAUGAAAUCCUCACAUUGACUGUGUUAGAAUAUCAUUGGAAAAUGCAACACAAUCUGAAGUCAAAAUAAGGACUUUUUCUUAUGGACAAAGCUAAUGCUGGCAAAUGUUGAUAAAUAUCAGAAUAUCCGCCUCAAGUUUUUUGUCAAUUCCUAGCAGCCGUCAGUUGUCAUAGCUAUAAGAACAGGAUUUUUUUGGUGGUAGUUAUAUUUAGAAUCAGAGUGUCGCUAAAUAUUUUCCAUAGAACACUGUGUUGUACUCUUGCACAUUGAACAGUGACUUUAGUGCCAGACAUUUAGUGAAGACAAACCCUGGAAUAAAGCUUCAGGUCCAUAUAUCUCCACCUUGCUGCCCCACACAAAGUAGUCAUGUCCUCUUUAGCUGCUGCAAUGUGCAGUAUGUUACUUUAAAAUACUUUAACUUAAAGUUGGACUGAAGUUAGCAAUUGUGGUGUGUCCCUCCCUCCCCCCCUUCAUUAAAUGUGCAAACGGGCUUCCAAUACAAGCUCAAAGUGCCCAUCAAUUCUCUGCACGUGGCCCAUGACCACAGGUGCAGUGAAUCAGGAUAAGCAGAUGCCUGAAGUGCAUGCAUCACCCCAGUAAAUCCUUCAGUUAAUGGUGAUGGUGAGAAUGGAACUGUCACUUUCAGGUAAGUAACGGUUCCUCUUUAAUUUUAUGGUGUGUAAUUUAAGAACAGCCAGCUUUAUAUGUUGUCAUUUAUCUUGCAUAAUACAGAUAAAACCAUAAAAAAUAGACAUUCUCUGUGAAUUUAUUUCAUUGUCGUGUUAAUCGGUUUGGAGGUAAUUCUAGAUUAAAUAACCAUUUUACUGCUAUAGAAAAAACACAAAGAGAAUUUGUCUACCUAUUUUCUUUCUCUUUCAAGAUUCAACCUACUUGUCUCAAAAAGGGGGAAAUUGAUUGCCAUUUAAUGCAAUGGAGGUGACAGUUUCAUUUCACAAAUGCUGUGAUCUGUAUAAUUUUGCAUUCUAUCCCCUCUCAACCCACCGCAAGCAUAAGCAAUUUUCUCUUCAACUAGAAGUGACAGUUCUCUCAUCCCUUAUCAUAGUAACAUAGUAACAUAAUAGUUCCUCCAGGCUAGCGACAUUGAAGUCUUUGCUUAUCUAAACCUUGAUGCAACCAGCUCUGUGUGGCUCUGAAAAAUGUUAAAAAAUGUUAUACUGCGUAUUGCAGCUAUUUGCAGCACUGUUGCUCAUGGUGACAUGAAGCAUAAUGUGUUGUCUACAUUAUCAAAGCUACUGUAAGAGCCAGGGAUCAGUCAAUCUGCCCUGUGUAGUGGGAAUUGUAGUCUCGACACUAAGAAAGGCUUAUCGUCUGGCAACAAUUAAAAUAUAGUAUCUGGUUUGUUUCACUGUUUAUUGCACAACCGGCAUAGCUUAAUGCAUUUUACGUCAUAAUAUUUACAAGAUGCAUAAAAAUCUUUUUGAAUUGGGUAAUAUUGAUAUUAAAUUGAUAAGUCAUAUUAGCCCAUUGAAAUGGUUGCAUACACAAUGUUUUUUUUAUGCCUACAGACAUGUGAUUGUACAAACAUACUAUACCGUAAUUAUGUUCGGAGAUUACUGGUUGAGCACAGUGAAUCUUCACUCAUUCUGUACUAGACUUGUAUACAAAAUCUUUCCUCCCAUAAUUGAAAGCUAAUCUCUAAUCUGAAAGCACAAAACACAUCUGAUGGAACCCAGUACAACCCACUCACACACUCUGCAGGGACUUUUUGAUGGGUGAUGGAAACCUUUUUGAACGUCUUGGGGGGGGGGGCGGGGAAAUGGGUUACUGUUAACUUAUGAUCUUUGAAGAAUGACCUUUAUAAAUUGAAAAGUAAUUGUAAAUCUGAUUUGUAAAUAUUGAUGCUUUCAAGCCAUUCUGCAAAUCACUGGUCCUGCAAGGGUGUAUUGUAUUUUGCCAGCAUCCCUGUUUGCCUUUGAUUCUAGGAGAUACUAUGACUUGCAAUUCUAUUGCAAUGUUGGAUUAAGACAUAUACUGUGCAGGGGAAUUCUAAACUUUUCUUUUUUUUUUUUUUUUUAGGUUUCACCAAAUCUAAAGCCAUUACAGCAGAUAUGAAUUUAAAACAAGAUUAUUUGCUGCUUCCUGGGAAUCCAUUUGGUGAAGAAAUAAAAUGUCUGUUAACUUUAUAUUUUCCAUGUACAAGUUUCUAUCUAGACAAAUACAUGCCAACCUCAACAGGGCAAACAGGUCAAUUUUCAAUAGUGCAAACAGAGUUGUAAAAAUGUAAAGUUUUUAAAAAAACAUAUUGAGAAAUGAUUGUUUUUUUUUUUGUCAAUAAAACAUAUGGCAAACAGAUUUCAUUCAAACUCUGAUUCAUAUGAAAAUGUAUAUUGUUGUGGGGAUUUUUGUUUAUUUUAUAAAUUUUUGCUCAGAAGUUAGUGAGAAACUAAAUUGUACGUUGUAAAUCAGAACGGCUUCAUGUGUCUGGAGUCUUUUAUAUUUAUAUACAACUUAUAUAUAUAUUUUUUUUCUUUAUUUAACAGCUGCACUUUUAGUGGGCGUUGCAAAACCUUCCUUUUCUUCCAAUUAACCCCUUAAGGACACAACAUCUGGAAUAAAAAUGACGGCAUAUUCCCAUCAUGUGUCCUUAAGGGGUUAAAUUCGAUUUUAUAGAGCUAACGGAAGUAGCAAGCAUGCUAGGAUAUAACGCGUCUGC